GUACAAAGAUAGAAACACGCGUCUGGCAGGAAUCACUCUUCUGAGCGCCAGCCACGUUUUAAAUUGAGUCUAACUUUGUUUCCCUUUCCUGCCACACGACGAUGUUUUGGAAUUGGUGAAUUUGCUUUCAAGCAGUGCGGCUGUUCGUAUCCAGCAAACCAUGUCAGACGCAGAGAAAAAUCUUCAGCAAGUCCAAAGUUCUUAUUUCAACGAGGAGCCUGCAAGUAUCGAAUCAGCCUCAGAAUAUGUAUCUGCUCGUUCUCCCGAUACUUGGCGGAGUACAAGCAUCUCUGGUGUAGAUGAUUGGUGCUCUGCUGUAUCAGAAGAAGCUACUUUAGAUGAUUUUAAAUCUAUCGAUGAUGACAUUCCAGAAGAAUAUGUGUCUGAUGACAACGUGGAAGAUUUACCAUUGAAUGGUCAAUCUUCUGUUACUACUUCCAAGCCAGCCGUACAAACGACAGAAGUCAAAGAGUAUGCAGCUGUUACUGGGACGCAUGAACCAAAAACGAAAAAGUUUACAUCAACAGUACAACCAGGAAGUCAUACUUCACCCAUCUGCCAGUCGAAUAUUGCCGAUAGCAAUCCUAUUGGUACUGGCAGCCAAUUUCCACACAUUUCAACAGCUGGUGAUCAAACAAAAGGAACCGAAGUGGCUGUUGCUGUAUCACCGAAAUUGGCUACCUCUUAUGAACCCACAAAAUACUCUUCUGUGAUCACAAAGAAGGAAGCCAAAGAGGUUAAAACUGAAGUAAAGAAAUCAUACGAAAUACAAACGGUGGUCAAGGCCGGUGGUGUUGAAGAAAAGUUUAAAACGCAGACGGUUACGGAUUCACAAUCAACAAUGCCAACUACGUCUGAGAAGAUUCAUAAGGUUACGCUUGUGGAUGAACCACAUGGGGGCAUUCAAAAAAUGUCAUACGCAGAAGAAUUUCCAAAAGGCUCACCCCUUACGUCUGACAAAGCAAGUUUGUUGUCAGAAAUAGAGGGUUUGAAAUCAAAAUAUUUCAAGAACGUUCCAGAAAAAGAGAAAUCUUCUGAUAGCUCUCACGCUGGUAAGUCCGAAACUGUCAGCUAUGGUGUUUCUUCUUAUCCGGGGUCCAAGCAAGAUGGCGAUAAAAAUAGAACAGAUGUAUCGAAAGUUAUUUAUUCCAAAGAAGUCACUGAAUCUCAUAGCAUGACAAGUAUUUCCUUUCAACAGCAGUCUUUUGGAAUAAACCGUUCCGAAAAAUGGCAAAGUGUCACUCCACAAAUCAAACAGGCCAGUGAUUCUAAUGAUGAGAAAUUAAAGCAACUAGAAGAGAAACUGAAAGAAAGCAAAGAAUGGAUUCAGUUAAAAAUUCAAGAAAUGUAUCCAGCUAUGACAGAUAUAGGAACAAAUUUACAAGAAGCUUCAGAUUUAUAUCAUCAGCACGAAAAAGUCCUAGAAAAAUUGCAGACAAAACAAAGUCCUGUAGAAGAACUGUUAAGACAAGCAGACGAUUUGAUAUCCACCCAAAAGCCCAGGGGAGAGGUGUACUCGGCAAUGGCUGAAAAUUUAGGCCUAGCAUGGAAAGACUUAAAUGCCCAGCUUGAGCAAAGACGACAAAUUUUGGAACAAGCUGUUGCUUUUUUCAUGAAAGCUGAUAUUUUUGCUGAUAGUUUGGAGGUGAUCAAGCAAAGCGUAUCAGAAACAUUCCUUCCAAAUACUGUAGAAUCUGCUAUCACUUGCUUGAAUCGCCAUAAGGAAGAUAGAAAAACUGCUCUAACCAAUUCGAUGCGAAUGCUGAGCGAAGGCCAGCUCCUUUUGGAAAGGCUAUGCGAGGUGGCCACACACAGUAUGGGUGAUUCAAGACCUCAGCACAUGCAGCAUGCGGCUCGUCAGACCUCAUCCUUCGUGGAACAUUACAUGGAAAGAUUGCAAGAUCGAUGGCGCCAUUUGGAAUCUCUCUGGAAUCAGAAAAAGAUUCAGCUGGAGCAGUGUCUUCUCAAAUGUCAACUGGAACUUCAGCUGGCAGAGGGCGAAAAUUGGUUAAGGACAAGAGGAAUGCUUUUAAUCAGCCACGGGAAUCUGGGCGAUUCUUCAGCAAAUGCCGAGAUACUUUUACACGAGCAUUAUAAAAUAGAGAGUGAGUUUAAGGAAAAACAAGAAUAUUUCCUGAAACUCGUCAAAACGGCUGAAGAUUUACACCAAAAAGGGAAUUAUGCCGGUGAAGAGUUGAGAAGUAGAGCCUACCUACUUCUGUCUGAAUGCGCUGAGUUAUUGUCCUCUCUAGAUCAGCGCAGGCAACUAUUGGCUGAUUCUGUCAAUUUCUUCACAAAAGCGCAGACGGCUCAAACGAAACUGGAUCAAAUCGAAAUUCAGUUAUCGACAAGCGAUUCACCGGUUUUGUUCUCAACUGUGGAAGAUUCUGUGAAUUCAGCAAUUCAGACUGGUCGGCAGAUUUUAAAUACGGUCGGCAUGACUGAACCUGGUGUGCAAGGAAUUGCUCGAAAGGUCGAAGAACUGGAGAGAAAAAAGAGAAAAUUAUCCGAUGUUUGUAAAGCUAAAGAAUCUGCGUCAUCUGAAAAAAAUCAAGCUUUCAAAAAGUUUUGCGAGAAAUAUGAUGAGCUCAUGAAAUGGUUUUCUAAUAACGGACAAUUCUUCGUCCAAAGAAGUCGUGACAUGGGUUCAACUCAAACAACAGCCAAGACAUUUGUUGACCAACAUGAAACCCUGCAGCAAGACUUACGUAUGAAAAUGAUGGACGUGGAAGCACUUUUGAGAACUGUUCCGAAUUUAGUUCGCAAUGGAGGCGAAGAAGCAGAAGUAGUCCACAGCAAGUCUGAGAAUCUGAAACAGCAGUUCUCACAGUUGAGAACAGAUCUGGAGAAAAGAAUAUUGAUUGCUCAAAGAUACUUAGCCUUCCUCAAACUCUCCGUUAAGGUUUCCAAAGAAAUGGAUGAGUUGGAGACUCUUGUAAAGCAAGCGAUGGACGCUCCAGAACCAUCCAAAUUCCGAAAUGUUGAAGAAAAGCAACUUGGACUUCGGCAGGAAUUAUUACAGAUGAAUAAUAAUGGAAGGAACUUUUUGCAAGAUGCUCGAAAAGUUGAUGAUAUGUUUUUAAAUAUGUCGUUACCUUGUUCAACUGUUGAGGACAUUCUCAGUCGAUUAGAACUGAGAAAGGUAUCUUUGGAUACGCAGUGGCUGAAUUUGCAGAAUGAAAUAAGCGCCACGAAAGAAACUCUAAUACAGUGGGAACAAAUUAUUAAAGACUCUAACAAGGUUCUCAGGUCUUCUCAAGAUAUCGAGACUAAGAUAUUUCCUGUAAUACCCCACGAAUUGUAUAAAGCCGAAUCAAUCGUGCCAUAUCUAGAAAAAAGUUCUUUAGAUAUUUUGCCUAAAAUAAAGUCUGUGCAAAGAGAAGUAGAGAAUUGUACGAAGAAAUGCGAGACCGCUAAACCAAAAGAAGGCUCUCAACGAGAAAAAGAUGAAUUAAUCAAAAAACUCAAAGAAACCGGCCAACUUCUGCAGAAACGAUUAACAGAUUACCAAGUAUUAGUGUCAAUGAUGACAGCUUUCUUCAAAAAUUAUGAAGAGUUAGAAAAAUUGAUAGAAAUGCAAGAAUCUCAAUUCAGAAUGACUUCUCUGCCUAAUGAUGUCUCUAAAAUGGAUGUCCUGAUCCAUGAUCACGAAGCUAGUCGUCCAACAGUUUCAGAACUUUUUAAAUUUAGUCAAACCGAAGCACAGCAGCUCAUCAAUAAGAUAAAUGAAGCUGAACCGCCAACAGCUGCUGCCUUGGACAGAGAAAAGAUUUCCUCAUUUCUUUCAACUAGAAAGCAAACGUUUGAUAAAGCAUGGGAGGAAUUCAAAUACAGGCUGGAGCAACACAAUCAACUCUGCAUCUUUUUCAGGGAUAUGCAUUUGAUUAACAAGCAAAUUGAAGAUUUGAAUUCCCAAUUAACAUCAAUCCGUGAAAGUUACGGAGACUCUUUGCCGUCAGCUUUACAUACUUCAGAUGCCUUCUUGCAUUUUGAAAAGACUAUCGAGCUGCUGCAAAUACGUAUUUAUGAGUUCGUGAGCACUGCAGAGAGAUUGAUGCGUGAUCAGAGAGUUGACUCAACCCAAAUGCACCAAGAAAUUGAAUCGAUGCAGAAGAAGUGGUCCACUUUUAGAACUGAGGUCACCACCAAUCGAAAAAUGAUUGAUGUGGCCAUUGAAUACUACAAAAUCAUUGAAGAAUCUGAGGAAUGGUUGAAAGAAGGUAGUAGCUUGCUAAUAUCGAUUGCUCGAAAGUCUUCAACUUGUACCAAGCAAUCGGAUGCUGAUGACCUGAAGAAAGAAAUUCGAACUUUUGUAGAUAAAGGUCGAGAGAAGCAAGAAGAAAGAUUGAGAAAAAUUUCAUCUCUGUCUCAGCAGCUAUACGGUUAUCAAGGACACUCUUCUUCAAAUAUAAUUAAUAACAAGAACAAGGAUAUGAUGGACUCGUUUUCUGUAAUUACAUCUGAGCUUAACACUUUGUCAAAUAACAUUAAAGUUGCUCAACAAGCCAAGAUUGCUGAACAAAAAGGAAAGGAAGAGAUGGAUGCUGUACUCCAUGCAGCCCAAGCUGAAGCUGAAGCAGCUAGAAUAGCUGCCGCUACUGCUUUGCAAGCUGCUAAAGCAGCUGAAGAAGCAGCAAAAGCUAUACCUCCAAAAUCAGUUGAACCUCUACAAAAACCUCCUCGUUUUAUCAGAAACCUAAACGAUGCUGAAGUCACAGAAGGAAGUAAAUUUACUUUUGAAUGUGAAGUUGAAGGAGUUCCCACACCUCAGGUGCAAUGGUUUAAGGAUGGUAUUCUUGUUGAAAACAAUCCUGACUACCAAACUUCUUUAGAGACAGGUGUUUGUAAAUUAACCAUUGAGGAAACUUUUUCGGAAGAUACGGCUAAGUUCACUUGUCGAGCUACAAACCCAGCUGGCAUUGCUGAGACUCAAAGCCAUCUUGUUGUUAAAGAAUCUCGAACUCAAAAUGAACUUAUCCCACCGCAUUUUGUGCAAGAACCAUUAGACGCCGCGAUUGUUGAAGGAGAAUCCCACCAACUUGAAUGCAAAGUUUUUGGAAAUCCACUACCUCUUGUCUCGUGGUUCAAGGAUGAAAUAUGCAUUGAUUACUCUACAGAAUAUUCUAUAACUUACAACAACGGUUUCUGCACACUUAAAAUUGAUGAAGCCUCAAUGGAGCACCACGGAAGGUACACGUGUCGUGCAGUGAAUCAAGUUGGUCAAGUAGCUUGCAGCGCUGAUAUAAAAGUGCAGACUUCAGCUCCUUCAGAGCGGCCAUAUUUUACUUCACCUCUUUCAAAUGUAAUGGCUAGAGCUGGUCAAAAACUGAGAUUGGAAUGCUCCGUAUCUGGUCAGCCUCAACCACAAGUAAUAUGGCUCCACAACUCCAAAUCAUUAAAGGAAACUAGGGACACUAAAUUGCAUUUUGAUGGAACCAACGCUACUCUUGUAAUCACGGAAGCAUUUCCAAAAGAUGCUGGAACAUACACUAUUAUCGCUCGCAAUAAAGCAGGGGAAGCUGUGUCAUCAUGCAAUGUGUCUGUCAAAGGUCGACUACCAUUAGAGACGUCUGAUUCAGAGAUUGCAUCAGAUAUUGAACCUGCAAAACCCCAAGUAAAACAUCAACUUGUUGACCAAACUGUGUUCGAAGGCAAAAAGGUUCGAAUGGAUUGCGUAAUAGUCGGUCAGCCAGAACCUGAGGUUAUUUGGUAUCACAAUGGAAAACCCGUGAAAGAGUCAGAUGAUUUUCAGCUUCUUUUCGAAGGUGAUCGUUGUACCCUCAUAAUCGAAACAGCUUAUUUGGAAGAUGCUGGAACUUACAAAUGUGUUGCGAUUAAUUCCGGUGGGGAAGCCUCUAGUGUUUGUCAACUUACUGUUAAACCUGUUGAUGUUAUACAUAAAAGCCAAUUCGAACAAAAAGACAUCUUGCUUACCGUGGAGAAAUAUGACCCUCCGAAAUUUCUAAAACUGUUGGACAAUGUAUCUGUUGUUGAAGGCGAUGGUAUAUUAUUGGAGUGCCAAGUUGCUGGAGAAAGUGGAACCACUGUCGGAUGGUUCAAAGAUGGAACUAAAAUUCAAAGCACUUACGAACGUCAGAUUGUUGCUGAAGAUUCUAGCAUUCACAGAUUGACCAUACCUACCUCCAAAGUUUCAGAUCGCGGAACAUAUUCUGUGAAGGCGCAGAAUAAAGUGGGCGAUGCCCAGAGCAUAUGUUCUGUAUCAGUGUCGCCUUCUGGACCUGUGGUAUUCGGACAAACACCUCAAGAAGUCCCCCCUACCUUUCUACAACACAUUGAAAACCGAGUUUUGCCUCUUGGUGGAACAGUGCGCUUCGAAACAGUUGUUGAUGGCAGUCCAAAACCUACAGUGAGAUGGAACUUCAAGGGCAAACCAGUACCAAAAGACGCACACCAUGAAACUGGAACUGAUGAUGAUAAAAAAUAUUGGUUAAUUAUAAAAGAUAUUCAGAAUAACAAUAUUGGAAGAUACUCAGCUAUAGCUGAAAAUAAUUCUGGCAUUGCAACUACAUCUGCAUUACUACAACUCGAAGAUUACCUUGUUAGUGAACCAGUUGUUACAUGCGAAGAACAAAGGGCCCAUUCUAUGGUUAUGAGUAAAAAGAAAACUAUCAUGCAAACUAGUACUAUUAGCUCUAUGUCUGAGUUGAGUGAUGCUGAUUAUCAGUUACCUGAGUUUCCAUCUUUCUCAUCGUUGCAAAGUCAGCACUUGAUUAGCAUGGAGCAAUCCACUGUAGUGAAGAAACCGCAGCCCGCCCCUCAACCUCAACCUUCACAGACAGUGGCGAAAACCUUUGAAGAAAAGAAACCUUUAGCCAUUUCAGAUAAUUUUAUUCAGUCUACUGUGCAAGUCCAACCUAACUAUGUUCCACCGAAAUUCACAAAACCUGUUUCAGCUGGAAUCGUUACUGCUGGUGAAAAAUUGCUUUUAGAGGCAUUUUAUGAAGGGGAACCUGAACCAACUAUUCAAUGGCUAAAGGAUGAUAUAGAGUUGAAAAGUUCAACUAACUUACAGAUUACAAGUGGUAAAAAUAGAACGUCGGUGUUCAUAUUGAAAAGUUCAGAAUCUGAUAGUGGUAGAUAUUCUUGUAUAGCAUCCAAUACCAGUGGAAAAGCCACUAGCAUAGCGGAUGUCAAAGUAAAACCUUUAAGAGAAGCACCAAGGUUCAAAAAGAAAUUCGAUGCUGCUGUCGUAAGAUCCGGAAGUAAAAUAACUCUGGAAGUAGAGGUAACAGGAAUACCAGUUCCUGAAGUGAGGUGGUUUAGAAAUGGCACACCUUUGAAGGACUCUCCGGACUUUCGAAUUUCUUCCACUGGCAAUAGACACAUUUUGCUGAUAAGUGAAGUCUUCCCCGAUGAUUCUGGAACUUUUAUGGCUGUUGCUAGUAAUGUUGCUGGUGAAGCACGUUGCGUAGCAGAUUUGAUUGUAGAAGAAGAGAAAAGUCCUGACGAAGAAAAACACAUUAGUUAUCAAGCAUUUUCAUCAAUUUCACAAACAAAAGAAAUGUAUACAAAAAUUUCAAGCAGUGAACCAAUAACAGUCACACCAUAUGAUAUACAAAGCAAUAUAAAGCCAAUCGAAGCACCUCCUCCAAAAGAACCUUCUCCUCCACCAAUGCCUGCUGCCUGUCCAAAAAUAUGGAGUCAGCCUAAACCUACCCCAUUUCCUGCACCAGCUAUAAUAGAGAUAAUAGAACCUGUCCCUAUACCUUCACCUGAACCCGAAGAAAUAGUUAUUGUUCCAUCUAUUAGCAAUGAACCAAUCGUUGAUGUUCCAGUCACAGAAACUGUACAGAAAUCUGUUACUUCUAGCGUAGAGACUGAUCGUAUAUCAACUGUUCCCUGCAGUGAAACGGAAAAAGUGGUAUCUGUUGUGACUGAUUCCAAAACAGGCAUGGAGUCAUAUCUAACACAAACUGCAAUCGAAGACAGUAUAAAUAGGUUUCCGUUAGCGUCUUCGAUGUCCGAAAGUUUCGUGAAGAAAUCUGUGAUGAAAUUUUCUCAACCAGAUGUUACAGACAAAACCCUACAUGGUUUGACAGGAUCUAAGUCACUAUCGAAAGUUCCUGUCCCGGUCCAAAACGGUUUCGAUUCAGACACGAAACAUACUAGUUCCAUUAGUCAAAGUACUCUAAUAUCUGAAUCGCGUUCUUUCAUGUCCAGCGGAACGAUGAUGUCUUCAGAAAACUCGCAUGUUCCUAAACCGACAACAUUCGUUCCUAAAUCCGUAACAUCCUUCCAAUCUGGAUCAGAAACUACUCAAAGCCGCGUACCGGUGUGGCAACCGAAAAAAAUUCCUGAACUCAGAAGUCCUCCGCAAAAAAUAGCACCCCCCAAAAUCGAUUCAGAUUUCAAAACUGUUGAAUGUGUGACCGAAAAUUUCACAUCAAAAAUACCAUCGUUCAUUUCCGAGAACAAAUCCACUUCGUGUGAUUUAAAAAGCAACACCUCUUCAGCGUCCUGCCAAACCUCAACUGAUCCUUCAAUCUAUAGCAUGUCCGAAUCUUCGACCACCAGGACAUCGACCACACGAACUGAAGAAAUCUCAAUCACUAAAAAGUACGAAUUGGUUCUGGAGCAUUCCUCUGAAGUGGUCAAGAUCUCUGACCACGAAAAUAAAACUGCACCAAAGCCUAUAAUUAAGAAAGAAGUAUCUGAUGGACCCAAAGUAAAAAAGGAAGUAGUAAUUGAGGAAGAGCCUGUGCUCGGCGCGGAAGUGAAGCCACCUCUGUUCUCAAAGCCUUUAGAAGAUGUCACAUCGAACGAGAAAGACAAAGUAUUCUUCGAAUGCAUUGUGGAAGGAACACCCUUACCGACAAUCCGCUGGUUUAAGAACCAUAACAUAAUUGCACCAUCCGAAGAUUACCAAAUAUCAUAUUCCAAAGACGGUGUCUGCAUUCUUUGCAUUCCGGAGACUUAUCCUGAGGAUUCCGGGAAGUACACUUGUACCGCUACAAAUAUUGCUGGCUGUAAAACAACAUCGGGAUACUUAAUUGUCAACAAAGCUGAGGAUGAUGAAGAUGAAAAUAUGGUGAUACCUCCGCUAAUGCACCAGCAGGGGCAAAGGCCCCUGAAUGCAACUCCUCCGAUAUUCGAAAAACCCCCUACGAUGGGACGCUUCAUCGAGGGGGGUGAUGCCCAUUUCGAAUGCAGGGUCAGUGGUAAUCCUCAACCUGAAGUGGUAUGGUCAAGAAGAGGAAUGCCUAUCAAAAAUGAUAACAGACGCCAUGUUUCGUACAAUUCCUCCACUGGAAUGUGCGUUUUUGAUAUUAAAGGCCUCACAGUGGAUGAUGAUGGUGAAUAUACAUGCACCGCAGUCAAUUGCGCUGGAGAAGCCUCUCUGACAGUAUCCAUACAAAGAGAUGUAAAAGGAAAAAUAGUAUCUCAAGAUACCUUCCGACAAGUACCUAUGAGUAACGUUCAACACACUAUUAUUGACCAACAAAAGCAAGUUAGUGGUACAUAUGUCCAAUCUUAUGUACAGCAACAACAAAUGGACGGUAUGUACCAGAGGACCACAUCUGCAGAAUAUGACACUGACCCCAACUGCCCUAUGUACUAUAGUGGUUCAGAAAGUUUCCGAGUCGAUACCUUUGAAUAUCGAUUGCUUCGAGAAGUCGAAUUUCGAGAAUCACUUUUCAGGAGGCUGCCCGGUGAAGAAGUCUCUGAAAAACCUGCAGCUCUAGAUAAAACACAAAAUCCAAGUGCUCCACAGAUAUUAACGCGGCCUCGUAAUAGUAAAUUGCUCGAGGGAUCUGAAGUUACAUUCCAAGCUAAAAUUACAGGCAAUCCCAAGCCUAAAAUAACGUGGUUCAGAAACGGUCAAAGAAUAAUUGCAUCUCAACGUUUCAAGAUUAACUAUGCAAAUGACCUAGCCACAUUACAUAUCCAUAUGGCUCUACCAGAAGAUGCUGGUUACUACACAUUAUUGGCUGAAAAUACAAAUGGUCGCAUUGCUUGUUCAGCACAUCUUGUUAUAGAAGGUGUGGGAGUUCCAGUUUCGACAUCUUUCCAACAACAGUUACAGCAACAGAAAAUUUUUUCUUCUGUAACACCUUCCUCCCCUAUCCCUAAAAGCACAGCAUUUAGCUAUAGUCACGAGCAACAGCAAUUAACCCACUCACAAAUGUACUCCCAAACAUCUGUGCAAACCCAAGCUAUGACCACCACUAACCUAUACUCACAACAGCAGCAGCAGAUACAGCAGCAACAGCAGUAUGCAGCAAAUAACAUUAACCAAACACAAUACAUAACAACAUCUCAACCCCAAUCCUUCGCCCUCAGUGACGGCGUGACCACCUCUGCUACUGCUGUACAGAGGACAGUUCAGGAGAAUGAUGUGGACAUCAGCUCAACUGGUGCCAGCCGUGCUCUGAAACCCAACUUUGUCAAAGUGCCUGGUGACAAGGAGGUCACGGAAGGCAAGAUGGUCAGAUUUGAUCUCCGAGUCAGUGGCAGGCCAUUCCCGGAUGUCACGUGGUACCUCAAUGGAAACCAAGUUGUGGACGAUGCAACUCACAAGGUUCUGGUGAAUGAGGGAGGGGUUCACGCUCUCAUGAUUACUACAACCAGCAGGACUGAUGCCGGCACAUACACAUGUGUUGCUAGGAACAAAAGUGGAGAAGCAACAUUUAAUGUCAGUUUACAUGUUAUAGAAAAGGAGCAAGUUGUAUCACCAAAGUUUGUUGAAAGAUUUCAAAGCUUGCACGUGCGAGAUGGGGAACCAGUCACUUUGCAUUGCAGGGCUAUUGGCACUCCCAUUCCAAAUCUCACAUGGCAAAGAGAUGGGGUUCACGUUCAGUCUUCUCCACCCCAUGUUCUAAUAGAAACCAAUGAUGGCGCUUCAACAAUCUAUAUCAAUCAAGUAAAUGCAUCGGAUGCAGCAUGGUAUCAGUGCACUGCUCAAAACCAAGCUGGAAGUACAGCAACACGCGCACGACUAUAUGUGGAGAGUGAAUCUGCACCUGUUACAGAGCCAUGGCGUCUUUAUUUACCUAAACCACAAAAAGUUAUUGAACCUCAGGGUUCACCGCCUCGCGAAGUAGUGUGGCUUAAACCUGUCGAGAGGGCAGCACCGAGAGCAAGAGCUCCAGAAGAAGAGAGACCACCCCAAAAGCCGGCUUUUACAACUCACAUUAGAGAUCUCUCCCUUCAGGAAGGAGACAGAGUUCACUUCGAUGCUCGACUUGUACCAAUUGGCGAUCCUACAAUGGUCAUUGAGUGGUACGUCAACGGAAAACCCGUUGAAGCCAGCUCAAGAGUGAUGACAACUUACAAUUUUGGAUACGUUGCUCUGACGCUUUUACACGCAUACUCGGAAGACUCUGGUGUUUAUAUGUGUAGGGCUAUAAAUGAAGCAGGAGAGGCUACAACAACUGCCACUCUGCGAUGCGUUCCACGAGCUAAAAUUGAACGAGCUCCUCAACACCCUGAGAGUAUGGACGCAAUUCGCCACCUUGAAGACUAUGAGAAAUACCAACGCCAAGAAUCUAUUGAAGAAGUCGUCUCUCAAUUGCCUGUCUUCAUUAGGCCGUUGCAUUCUUUAGAAAAUAUUGUUGAAGGUGGUUUUGCUCACUUUGAAGCCCAAAUAACACCUGUCAGUGACCCAACCAUGAAAGUGGAAUGGCUUUUCAACGGACAAGCUCUUACAGCAGGAACAAGAAUUAGCACCACUUUCAGUUUUGGCUAUGUUGCAUUGAAUAUAUCUUAUGUGCGAGCUGAAGAUUCAGGAGUGUAUAUGUGCAAAGCCUCUAAUCAAAAGGGGGAAGCUAUUUCAACUGCAACUCUUAAAAUUAAAGUUACGGAACAAGUGACAUCAAGCUUGGGCAUUCCAGAGCAACAAAGCUACAUCCAGAAAACUCAAGAACUUGAAGCCUAUCAGAUGCAGCAGCGACAAACAUUUGUUGAAAUCGACCAAACAAUUAAGCAGAAGCCAUAUUUUAAAACUCAAUUAAUUCAAAAAAUUGAACUGAAUGAAGGAAAAAUGGCCCAUUUUGAAGCCCGAUUAGAACCAUGUGGUGAUUCAACAAUGAGAGUAGAAUGGUUGAAAGAUGGAAAACCUCUCGAAGCAAGUUCCAGAAUUUCCACAUUUUUCAACUUCGGAUAUGUAUCGUUGACAAUUAGAGGUGUAGAUGCCAGGGAUACCGGUUCUUACACUUGUAUAGCUACAAACAGUAUGGGAACUGCCACAACAUCUUCGCAACUAAUAUGUAUAAGUAAAAAGAGCAUCGUUGUUGAAACUCAGCAUCCAGAGGGUCUUGAAAAAAUCCAACAUUUGGAAGAUUAUUCCCGUUAUCAAAGAGACACCAGGGAAGAUGUAACAUUCACACAAAAACCCACAUUCACCUCUGAGCUUAUCGGGAAGACACAGCUCAUUGAGGGACAAAAUGCUCACUUUGAAACAAGAUUAGAACCCAUGGGUGAUCCAGGCAUGAUUGUUGAAUGGUACUUUAAUGGCCGCCCAUUGACUACAGGUCAUCGUUUCAAAACAUAUUUUGACUUUGGAUAUGUAGCAUUGGAUAUUUUGUACGUCUUUCCAGAAGACACAGGAACUUUUUCGGUUGUAGCUAAAAACUCUUUAGGACAAGCCCAAUUAAAUAAAGUGGUUCAAGUCCAAGCAAAAAGUGGAGUUGAUACUUCUACCAUACAUGAAAUCGAAGAGAAAAUCGAAUACUUGGAAAGACCAGCUCAUGUAGAUACAGAUCGAUUCAUUGAGGAAAUUUCCAAAAGCAAACCGUUUUUCCCAAUUCCUUUGCACAGUCCUAAGCCUUUGAGAGAAGGAGAACGAGUACAUCUGGAAUGCAGAGUGGAACCAGUAGGGGAUCCAACUCUCAAAAUUGAAUGGUUCUUCAAUGGAAAACAACUUCCCUCUGGAUCUCGAUUCCAAUCUAAGUAUGAAUUUGGUCAUAUUGUUCUUGACAUCACCACAGCCUAUCCGGAAGAUACCGGGGAGUACACUGUUCGAGCAACUAAUCACCUUGGUUCUUCGCACACUAGUGCCUGUAUUACAGUAAUUGGUAAGAGUGGUGUCGUCUCGGAAACUCAGCACCCUGAAGGGCUUCAGAAGAUACAACACUUGGAGGACUCAAGCCGGUAUAAGAGAGAUCAGUUCGAAGAAACUGUUAUUACGCAACUCCCCACCUUUACGAAACCCUUGCACAAUAUUGAAACGAUUGAGGGGUCCAACAUCCACUUGGAAUGUCGUCUGUCUCCCGUAGGUGAUCCCACUAUGAAAAUUGAGUGGUUUGUCAACGGAGCCCCUCUCAAAGUUGGACAUCGAUUCCGACCCGCAUACGAAUUCGACUAUGUCGCUCUAGACAUAUUGAGUGUGUACCCAGAAGACAAUGGUGUUUACACUUGUAAAGCAAUAAGCAGUCUUGGACAAGCAGUAACUUCUUGUACUGUAAAAUGUACAGGAAGAAGCCAAGUUAUUUUGGAGUCCCAGCACCCAGAAGGACUUCAGCAAAUUCAAUAUUUGGAGGAUCAAAGUCGACAUCAUAGAGAAACUUGGAUUGAAGAAUCCGCUAAAAUCCAACCCAAAUUCUUGAGCAAGCUUAAUAACCUGAAUUUACAUGAAGGCCAACUCGCUCAUUUUGAGUGCAGACUGGAGCCAGUCAACGACUCCUCUUUAAGGGUGGAGUGGUUCAGAAACGGAAAAUCCUUGCCUGUUGGACAUCGUUACAGACCAUUCCAUGAUUUUGGAUAUGUUGCGCUGAAUAUUCUUUCAGUUGUUCCAGAAGAUACUGCGACAUAUACCUGCAGAGCUGUUAACACAGUGGGAACUGCAGAAAUUCAAGCUACAUUAACAUGCGCCGGAAAAUCAUCUAUAUUGUCUGAAACUCAGCAUCCUGAAGGUCUUCAAAAGAUUCAGCAUUUGGAAGAUUAUUCAAGAUACCAACGAGAUAUUUACCAGGAGGAACUUACUAGCCAGUCUCCUAUAUUUACAAAGGCACCUCAAAACGUGGAAAUCAAGGAAGGACAAAGAGUGCACUUUGAAUGCAAGCUUAUUCCAGUUGGAGAUCCUAAACUGAAAGUUGAGUGGUUCCAUAAUGGAAGACCCGUUAAGCAAGGAACACGAUUUAUCCAGACAUUCAAUUUUGGUUUCGUGGCAUUAGACAUCAUGUAUGCUUAUCCAGAAGAUUGUGGCACUUAUACUUGCAAAGCUGUCAAUGCAUUGGGGGAAGCAGUCACAUCUGCUACACUCAAAUGCUACAGUAAGAGCAGCCUAAUUUUGGAGUCACAGCAACCUGACAGCCUCCAAAAGAUCAAGCAACUUGAAGAGAAGCAUCAAAGAACUUCAUACAUCGAGGAAGUCACUACUCAAGCACCUGUAUUUACUCAACCAAUGAAAAAUCUACAGUUGAUGGAAAAUCAAAGUGCACACUUUGAAUGUCGUCUCAUUCCAGUUGGCGAUACCAAACUUAAAGUGGAAUGGUUUCAUAAUGGAAUUGCAAUAAUGCCAGCCUCAAGAGUAACUUUAACCCACGACUUUGGAUUCGUGGCUUUGGAUUUGGCUUACGUCAAACCAGAAGAUAGCGGAACAUACACAUGCAAAGCUACAAAUGAACUUGGUCAAGCUGUUUGUUCAGCAACUCUAGCUGUUAGAGGAAGCAGCUCACUUGUAUUAGAAACUCAACAUCCUGAGGGACUUCAAAAGAUUCAAUACCUUGAGGAUGCUAGUCGUCACCAACGUGUAACAUUUGAAGAAUCCCGUGUAACUUCCGGUCCAGUCUUCGUCACUCCGUUGUCUGGACCAAGCAAACUUGUAGAGGGUCACAGCAGUCACUUGGAAUGCAGAAUUGAACCAUAUCCUGAUCCAACGAUGAAAGUUGAGUGGUUCUACAACGGGAAACCUCUCCCUAGUGGUUCUCGGUACCGAACAAUGUUUGAUUUUGGUUUUGCUGCUCUGGAUAUUUUGUCUGUUAAUGCAGAAGAUUCUGGCGAAUAUACAAUCAAAGCGACUAACUGCUUGGGAACUGCAUCCUCAUCAGCAAGAAUUAAUGUUGCAGCCAAGAAGAGCCUAAUUCUGGAAUCCCAGCAACCGGACAGCUUACAAAAGAUUAGAAUGCUUGAAGAUCACAGCCGUUUUGCAAGACCAGAAGAACCAGAACAAAUGUUUGACAAACCUAACUUUGGUAGACCUCUAUAUAAUUUGGACAAUUUAGUCGAAGGAUUUAGUGCACAUUUAGAGGCUACCUUAACACCAGUGAAUGAUCCUACCAUGAAGGUUGAAUGGUUCCACAACGGAAUGCCAAUAAAACCAGCUCAUCGCUUUAAAACAACUUUUGACUUUGGUUAUGUUGCUCUUGACAUCUUGUACGUAUUUCCCGAAGAUGCUGGCACAUACAUGUGCAAGGCUACUAACAGAGUCGGAGAAGCCAUUACUACAUGCUCAAUUAAUGUUCAAGCCAAGGGUUCUAUUUAUACUGAUACGCUACACGAAGAAGGUCUUGAAAAGAUCCGCGCUUUGGAAGAACAAUACCGUCCAGGUCCUGAAGAAAUUGUCAUACCUGUAACUCGACCCAUCUUCAUCACUCCUUUGAAGAGUCAAGAAAAUAUCCAGGAAGGACAACCUGUCCACCUGGAAUGCAAACUUGAACCAGUUAACGAUCCCAAAUUACGAGUGGAGUGGUAUGUCAAUGGAAUUGAAAUUAAAGCAGGUCAUCGCUUUAGAACCGUUCAUGAUUUUGGAUACGUUGCUUUGGAUAUCCUUUACAGUUAUGCAGAAGAUAGUGGAACAUAUAUGUGCAAAGCUUUCAACGAGCUUGGAGAAGCAGUUACGACAUGCUCUGUCAAAGUUGAAGCUCGCAGGAAUAUCUAUUAUGACACACAGCAUCCAGAAGGAUUAGAAAAAAUUCGAGAAUUGGAGUGCCAAACAAAAUACCAACCAAUUGAAGUAGAUGAUAAACCAAUUUGCAAACCCUACUUUGUCUCGGAGUUGAGAGGCUUGACAGAAUACACCGAAGGUGAUAGCGCUCAUUUCGAAUGCAGAGUUGAGCCUGCCCAUGACCCCGAACUGAAAGUUGAAUUCUUCCUCAAUGGAAAACCUCUCGAUGCAGCAUCUCGUUUCCAUGUCACACUGGAUUUCGGUUACGUUGCAUUGGAUAUCAGCCACAUGUAUCCAAAGGAUGCUGGUCAACUGACAUGCAAAGUUUCCAACAAACUGGGUGAGGCUACUAGUAGCCUGAACGUUCGUGUACACAGUCGAUCGGGUGUCAUAUCAGAUACCCAUCAUCCUGAUGGUCUCGCUAAAAUUCAAGCUUUAGAAGACUUAUCCAAGCAGAGGCCUCCUGAUUAUGUUGAAACUAGGACCUUCCAAAGACCAGUAUUCACUGUUCCUCUUCAAAAUCUUGAACUGGUUGAGGGUCAAAGUGCCCACUUAGAAUGUAGGCUAAUCCCUGUUGGAGAUCCAAACCUCAAAGUCGAAUGGUUUAUCAACGAAAAGCCAUUACAGCCAAGUUCCCGACAUCAAACCACUCACGACUUUGGCUACGUUGCCUUAGAUAUUCAAUACGUUCGUCCUGAUGACAACGGUAUCUACACUUGCCGAGCCCAUAACGAAUUAGGGGAAGCAGUGACAACUGCAUCAGUAAAAGUGCAAACAAAAGCUUUCAUUGAACUUCAAAGUCAUCAUCCUGAAGGCUAUGAGAAAAUACAGGAGAUGGAAAAUUACAAACAAGCACCACUUCCAGAAGCCCCAGAAAAGGCUUUCGAGAAGCCUGUGUUCAUCAAGCCACUCUAUGGACCAGCUGAGGUGGGUGAGGGAAUGCCAGCUCAUUUUGAAGCACGGGUUGUACCCAUUGGUGAUCCUGAUCUCAAAAUCCAAUGGUUCGUGAAUGGAGUUGCUCUUAAACAAGGUUCUAGAUUCAGAGAUAUUCAUGAUUUUGGAAUGGUAUCACUCGACAUUGCCUCAACUAUUGCUGAAGAUUCUGGGGUAUACAUGUGCAAAGCAGUAAACAAGGCUGGAGAAGCUGUAACUUCAACAUCAAUGGUUGUAAGAGCUCGAGGAGGAGUGCUGGGAGAAAGCCAACAUCCGGAAGCUUACAUACAGCUGAAGAAGUUUGAAUUGGGUCCCGCUCCUGCUCCAGAGCCUGAACCAGCUCAACCCAGAGCUCCAUUCUUUACUGAACAUUUAGUCAGCCAUGAUAAUUUGAUUGAAGGACAAUAUAUUCAUUUAGAGGCUCGAGUAGAACCAUCCAAUGAUGAAAAAUUAAAAAUUGAAUGGUAUAAGAACGGAAAGAGCUUAGUUUGUGGCACACGAAUUCGAACCACAUGUGAUUUUGGACUCGUAUCUUUGGACAUUGUCACUGUUCGACCAGAUGACUCUGGUAUUUACACCUGUCGAGCAGUUAAUGAAGUUGGAGAAGCGAUCACAACAUGCUCAAUGAAAGUUGAAGAUCGCGAAAGCAUCAUUUAUAGAUCACAACAUCCAGAAAGCUUGCCUAAAAUCUUAGAGCUUGAAUCCACACAACUUACAGGUCCAGAACAAAAAGACAUUUUAUAUGAAAAACCCAUUUUCAUUAGUCCUUUGAACAACAUUGAAUUGAAGGAGGGUGAAGCAGCUCAUUUCGAAUGCAGGAUUGAGCCAUACAGGGAUCCUACUCUUAAAAUUGAGUUUCAGCUCAAUGGCAAACCACUUCCGGCUGCUACACGAUUCACAGCAAGCAAAGAUUUUGGAUAUCUUACAUUGGAUAUUUCUCAUACCUUAGCCGAAGAUGCUGGAGUUUAUACUUGUAAAGCUACCAAUAGUAAAGGACAAGCUGUUACGACUGGAUCGUUGAAAAUUAUUAAAGAUAAUGAAUAUGUCAUUGAAAGAACAACUCAUCCUAUGGGUCAAGAAGGUCUUUCUAAAGUUCGUGAAGUUGAACAAAUGUACCUUUCCAAAUACCAAACUCAUGUAGAAGAUAAAGAAUUGCAAUAUCCAAAACCAUACUUUGUCGUUCCAUUACAAGAAAAGUAUACGGUUAAUGAAAGUGAAGGUAUUAGACUAGACUGCAGAGUAGAACCUUCUGCUGAUCCUAAACUUUGCAUUGAAUGGUUCUUUAAUGGAAAAUCUUUGUUCGUUGGUACACGCUUCCAACUGACCAAUGACUUUGGUCAAGUGGUUCUUGCAUCAACCGAUAUGUGGGCCAGAGACAGCGGCGUUUACACAUGUCGCGCAUAUAACGCUAUGGGAGAGGCUUUCACCUCUACUACCAUUCACUGUGCUGCUAAAGGAAAUAUUUACGAAGGCACGCUUCAUCCUGAGGGUGAAAAGGGUCUGGAGAGCAUUCAGACUCUCGAAGAAUCUCUUCUGAGACCAACGGACUUAGCAACUACAGAAGAGCAGGGUCAUCCACCUGUGUUUACAUCUCGCUUCCAGAACUUGACAAACCUUACUGAAGGUGAUAUUGCUCACUUUGAAGCCACUCUCGCUCCUGCUGGAGAUCAAACGAUGGUUGUGGAGUGGUUCUUCAACAAAAAAUCUAUCAAAGCACGUCACCGUAUUCGCACCGUUCAUGCAUUCGGGAUGGUUGUGCUUGAAAUACUGGGUGUUGUCAUCGAAGACAGUGGUGAAUACACUUGUAGAGCUACCAAUAAGUGGGGAAAAGCUGAAAUAACUGUUAACUUAGAGUGUGUUGAUAAACUGCAAGGACAGAAACCCAAAUUUACUACACAAUUACAAAGUUUAACAGGACUUAAAGAAGGUGAAAGUGCUCAUUUUGAAUGCCAUCUCAUACCUGUUGGAGAUCCUGCCAUGAGAGUAGAAUGGUUCCAUAAUGGAGUACCUAUGAGGCACAGCUCAAGAAUUAAGACCCUGAGCGAUUUCGGAUAUGUUGUUAUGGAUAUUUCUUUCGUACACGUAGAAGAUUCUGGAGAGUAUGUGUGUGUUGCAACAAAUAAAUUUGGAUCAGAUACUACUCGUUGCACGAUACAGUGUACAGGUUAUGGAAAAAUUUUCCGAGACACACUACAGCCUCAAAGCUUGGAAAAAAUUGCAGAACUUGAAGGUUCUCAUGCCCUUUACAGAAGUCAAGUGUCAAUCGACGCUAAGAUCACAGAGGCACCGAAAUUCACAACCCACAUCAAAGAAAUUACAAGUCUUGUGGAGGGACAAAGUGCGCACUUUGAAGGCUAUUUAACUCCAAUAAAUGAUCCUAACAUGAAAAUUGAAUGGUACUUCAAUGGAAAACUCUUGGGAGCUGGUCAUCGCUUUAGAACUUUCCAUGAUUUCGGCAUUGUUAUAUUAGACAUUCUAUACUGUUAUGGAGAAGAUAGUGGUGAAUAUAUGUGCAAAGCAACAAAUAAAUUUGGAACCGAUAUCACCAAGACCACUUUGACUUGCAAAUCCAAGAAAUCGAUUAUUCUGGAUCCUCAAAUUCCAACAGAAAUGGCCGAUAGCAACAGAAGAAUCAUGGAACUGGAAGAGCACUUAUACAGAUCUCGUGCCGAUUACGUUGAAGAUGUACAUUUCGAAGCUCCACGAUUCACUGUACCCCUAGAGAAUGUAACGGAUUUGAGGGAAGGAGAAAAUGCUCAUUUGGAAGCUAGACUCAUUCCAACAGACGAUCCUGAUCUCAAAGUUGAAUGGUUCAAGAACAGCAAGUCUCUCAAAGCAGGAACAAGAAUUCGAACAAUAAAUGACUUUGGGUUUGUUGUACUUGAAAUCAGUCCUAUCUAUCCCGAAGACAGUGGUCUUUACUCUUGCAGAGCCACUAAUAAAGUUGGAGAAGCUGUAACAACAUGCACACUUAAAUGCUCCGGAAAGCGUAGUAUCAUUAUGGACACACAACUUCCUGCGGGAAUGGAGAGCAUGGAAAAAAUAGCAAGAUUCGAAGAUAUUUCUUCAGCUCGUAUAGCCGAACAAUGGAUGGACAUUGACAUACAACAGCCACCCAAGUUCAUCUCAAAACCACAAGAUCUGACCCUCGGAGAAAACUCGUUAGCUCACUUUGAGUGCAGGCUGACUCCAGUUAAUGAUCCCACCAUGAAAGUAGAAUGGUACCACAAUGGAAAAACUUUAAUAACAGGUUCUCGUAUCAAGACAAUAAACGACUUUGGCUUCGUAAUCUUGGAAGUGGCUGGUGUAUUUGGAAGAGAUGCAGGAGUUUACAUGUGCAAAGCCACUAACGCUUUUGGAGAAGCCACAGUUAGUGCUAAACUGAUCGUUAAAGCUAAAGGAUCAAUCAUAAUGGAGCCACAAUUACCAACUGAAUGGCGUUCCGGUACCGAGAGUUUGCAAAGACUUGAAGAAGCAAUGCACAGAACCGAAGAAGUAAUAAUUGACGAUGACAGAAAAUUACCACCUAAAUUCAUUACUCAGAUACAAAACUUGGAGAGCAAGGUAGAAGGAGAAUCUGCUCACUUUGAGUGCAGACUCGAACCCGUAGGCGAUCCUACGAUGAGGGUUGAGUGGUACCAGAAUGGAAAGCCACUCACAACAGGCACUAGAGUCCAUACAGUUGAUGACUUUGGCUUCGUGGUGUUAGAUAUCGAUUGGUUGUUCCCUAGAGAUGCAGGUGAAUAUAUGUGUAAAGCAACCAACAAGUGGGGACAAGAUACAACAAAAGCUGUACUGAAAAUAAAAAGCAAGCGAGAUAUUAUAAUGGACAGUCAAUUACCCGAAGGCAUGUCAGCAGAUAAACUGAGGGAGCUUGAUUUCCCACCGCAACAAGAAGUUCCUACUGAAGAAUUCGUUCCUCAUCCACCAAAAUUUAUAACUCAGAUUCAGCCUCAAGAUAACUUACAAGAAGGGGACAGUGCCCACUUUGAAUGUAAACUGACACCAAUUAAUGAUCCCAAGCUCAAAGUUGAAUGGUAUCAUAAUGGAAAACCACUUAAAUCAGGUCAUCGUUUUAAGACAACAUAUGACUUCGGCUUUGUCGCAUUAGAUGUUUUGUACGUUUACACUGAGGAUUCUGGUGAAUAUACAGCACGUGCCGUGAACGACUACGGUGAAGACAUAACAAAAACUACCCUCAAAGUUAAAGCUCAAAGAUUAUUGGAAUAUAGAACACAACUACCAAAAUCUAUGGAGACUGGCGUUCAGAAAAUUGCUGAGAUGGAAGCUUCAUGGCAAAGAGUGGUGUCUGAAGAGGAAGUUCCUCCUGAACGUUGCCGUCCCAUGUUUAUUAUGAAACCUGAACCUCAAGUCGUAACUGAAGGUGAAUGGGCCAAGUUCUGUUGUCGUGUAAUUGGAAAUCCCAGACCAAGGCUCAUGUGGAUUUUGAAUGGCAACACUAUCGGGCCAGGAUCUCGCUAUAAAUUGACUUAUGAUGGAAUAUAUCAUUUGGACAUUCCUAAGAGCAGGCAGUAUGACCAAGGCAAGGUUGAAGUUUUUGCACGAAAUGGCAUGGGUGAGGCUUACUGUUGGACAACAUUGGAAGUAAGACCAAGGCAUGAUGAUUACAGGGUAGUUCUGAAAAAUUCACCUAGGCCUUGGUAUGAUGCUGAAAUAAAAUCAUAUCAAAAAGUACGAACAGCAUGUGAAUUAGAAAAGGUGUUUGAGGAAAAGCUCACACCAGGUGGAACUAAAAUCGAUGUAUGGAAGACCCAAGAGGAUGAGGAAGGAGAUCAUGUCAAACAAAUUAAAAGGCUUGAAGAAGAAGAUACUAAAAAAUUGAUUCCAGAUGUAAAACGCUAUAAAACUACAUCAACUUACAUUGAUCCUAAAACUGGAGAAAAACGCUCAGAGGAACUAUCACAAGCUCAAUAUAUGGCUAAAACCUAUGAAGCCCAAGCUCAAAUUGAUUCACAAAAAAUACACAUGCCCUCAUCUCCACAAGAAAGCUCUAUUUAUGGAAAAGAAGUCCACGUUUCUAAGCAGAAACAAACACAAAAAGAACACAAGGGAGAUCUUGAAAUAACGAGACAUAAGACUGUUACUGAAACUAGAGAACAGGAACACAAAGCUGUUACCAAAGAACGCAAAGUUAUGGGAGUAGUUCCUGAGACAAAACCUCCAAUGUUCACAAAGAAAAUUGAACCCUGCCGAGCAUUUGAAGGAGAAUCUGGCAAAUUUACUUGCACAUUUACUGGAUCUCCAACUCCUCAUAUUACUUGGUUUAGAGAAAACUUCCCUAUCAAAGAUUCUCAAGAUUUCCAGAUUGAAACCACGGAGACAACCUCUACUAUAGUCAUCAAAGAAGUAUAUCUAGAAGAUAGUGGUGUGUUUAGUGUCAAAGCUGAAAAUAGAGGAGGCACAGCAAAGAGCUCAGCUAACUUAGUGGUUGAAGAACGAAAAGAACAAGUGAGAGGCGCUAUACCACCAAGUUUCGUCACGACAGCUCAAGAUUCAACUGCUAAAGUAGGUCAGCUGGUGCGUCUGGAUGUUGUAAUUGCUGGUUCAAAACCCCUUGAUGUUUAUUGGCUUAAAAACGGAAAGAAAGUAAUACAAGAUAUUACACACAAAACUAUUGAAGAAGAAGAUCAGUACACACUAAUGGUAUUAGAAGCAACUCAAGAGGAUGUUGGGGCAUAUGAAUGUGUUGCAAUCAAUAAAGUUGGAGAGGCGAGGUGCCAAGCAAACAUUCAAGUACAAGCUCCUCAAUUUGUGUAUACCCUUCCUUUAAUUUUUUUUUUUCGAUUUAUUUUUCCAGCUCCUCAAGUGAAGUGGUUCAGGGGAGAAAUUGUUGUGAAGCAGUCUCGAUAUUUCCGUAUGUCAGUGGAAAAUGAUGUUUACACCCUUCGUAUAUCUGAAGCUUUCCCAGAGGAUGAAGGAACUUACAAGUGUGUUGCAACCAACACUGCAGGAACAGCAUCCACCAGUGCCAACCUCAAAGUUGUUGUUCCUGAAGUAACUGAAGUACCGCCGUCAUUAAGUCCCUUAGCUGACUUAACAGUACCUGAAGGAUCUCCUGCUCGAUUCGUAACUGCGGUGACUGGAACCCCAACCCCCAAAAUAACUUGGUUUAGAGAAGGAACAAUUGUCAAGGCUAGCCGCGAUUUUCAGAUGUUCCAAGACGGAGGCUCGUGUUCUUUGGUAAUAAAGCAAACAUAUCGGGAGGACGAAGGUGUUUAUACUUGCCGGGCCACCAAUGCUAGUGGUCAAUCUGAAACAUCUGCACGCUUGACAAUUGAAAGAAAAUCUCCGAUUAAAGAAGAAGUUCCAUCUAAAGAUAAAGCACCAAAAAAACAACAGCAACAACCGAAACAACCGGAAGAAAAACAAACUCCUCCUAAGUUUGUGAAGCAACCUAAAUCCCAAACUGUUCAAGAAAAUCAAAAGACAGUUUUGGAAUGCAAAGUAACAGGUCAACCAACUCCAAAACUUACCUGGUACAAAGAAGGUGCUCCGCUCCAUUCCUCUCGCCUGUACAAAAUUAUCACUAAGGACCAGACCAGCACACUCGAGAUAUCCAAUGUUGGCUUGAUUGGGCCAAACACCUACACUUGCACAGCGGUCAAUCCCUUAGGAGAGGCGGUUACAUCUGCCAGAGUCACAGUCCAAGGUAGCGGUAAACCACCAAAAUUUACAGAGCCACUGCAACCAAUAUCUGCAGUUGAAGGAACAAAGUUAGUUUUGAGAUGCGUGGUCAUGGGUUCUCCUGUACCUGAAAUUAAAUGGUACAGAGAAGGAAAAGAAAUACGUCCAACGAGGGAUUUUAGUCCUACAUAUGAUUUACAAACUGGCGAAGCCACUCUUACAAUUCCAGAAGUAUUUCCAGAUGAUCAGGGCACUUUCACAUGUAUUGCCCUAAACAAACACGGAAAAGAUGCCACAUCGGCUGUACUCACAGUUACAGAAGACAUAGUUAUGAUUGAAAAAUCAGAUUUGUAUGAACCACCGAAAUUCGUAAGACCACUUUUACCUGUCGAUGCACCUGAAGGAGAACCCCUGGAAAUGAUCGUGGAAGCAAGUGGUACGCCAACGCCAACUUUGCAAUGGUAUCACAAUAAUCAAGAACUAAAGCCAUCUCGAGACUUCAAAAUAACGACCGAAGGCGGAAAAUCAUCUCUGUUGAUAGCGGAAGUAUUUCCUGAUGAUGCUGGCAUUUAUGGCGUCAAGGCAACCAACAAAGCUGGCCAAGCCUCCACCACAGCUACAUUGAAUGUUAUAAGUGAAAUAGAGUCACCGAAACCUGAACCAGUACCACCGAUAUUUGUUAAGCCUUUGAUCUCACAACUGGUACCGGAGGGAGAACCGGUCAAAAUGGAAGUGGAAGUUAUGGCCUCUCCAGAUGCAACAUUCACUUGGCAAUUUAAAAAGAAACCCAUUAAAUCUUCCAGAGACUUCCAAGUUACGAGCGAGGGAAAUAAGUCUGUUUUAUUGAUCUGUGAGGCUUUCGCUGAUGACAGUGGGGCUUAUACUUGCAAAGCUCAAAAUGAAGCCGGAACAGCCACAACUACUGCUACUGUGACCAUUGAAAGUCCUCCGGAAGAAGAGGUUACAGAAGCUCCUAAAUUCACUACUCCCUUAACUCCAGUGAAAGUGAUGGAUGGUGAAGAAGCUAAAUUAUUUUGUUAUGUUACUGGCUUACCCAUGCCCAAAAUAACAUGGUUGCAUAAUAAUCGAGAAGUUAGAGAAAAUUCCGAGGUAUGGACUACUUACCGAAAAGAUGGUUAUUGCGAACUUUUUCUCUCUGAAGUUUUUCCAGAAGAUAUGGGGGAUUACAUAUGCAAAGCUGUUAAUAAAGCUGGAGAGGCCAUUACUAGAUCAACUCUAACUGUUGAAUCAUACGAAUACAUACCAGAUUCAGAAAUUGCUACACUAAGCAUGGAUAAAACCACUUCAGCAGAAGCCUGUUUGUCAGAGGAAUCGAGUGCAGAAGAAUUCGUCACUGUACCAGAUUUGCCUGAAGAAGAAGUAGCUCCUGACACUCCAGUUAAAAAAGAAAAAUUUGAACUUCCUAAACAAGAAGCGGGAACUUCUCCUAAAUUUAUCGUUCCGUUAGAAAAAGAAGUUGAAGCUAGACCUGGACAGACGGUUAGAUUGGAAUGCAAAGUGUCUGGCGUACCGAAACCUAAAAUCAUAUGGUACAAAUCUGGAAAAGUACUGAAGCACUCCCAACUGUAUCAGAUAUAUUACGAACCAACAGGGAUGUGCUCUCUGACGAUCACGCGGUGCACAGAAGAAGAUACGACAGAAUUCAGCUGCGAGGCACAAAACAGAAAUGGAGUCGAUAUCACUGUCUCUAAAAUUAUUGUCACAGAGUAUAAACCUAGGAAACCAGACUGGGUUGUGGAAAUGGAAACACAAAAGAAAAUUCAAGAUGAAAAGCCUCAAUCUCCUGUAAUAGAGUCACCCUUAAACGAUGUUUUUGUGAAAACACCCGGUAAGAAAGUUACUUUGGAAUGUGUUAUCAAAGGAGUACCCAGUCCACAAGUCACUUGGUAUCACAAUGAAAAGGCAAUCGAUGUUACUUCUGGCUUCUAUACAAUUUCUCACAAACAAGACCGUUCGAUUCUGAUCAUACUGAGGGUUACAAAGGAAGUGGAAGGAAAAUACACUUGCAAAGCUGUCAACGAGUUGGGCGAAUCAGUAACGACCGCUUAUCUUUAUGUCGGCGUGACGAAAGAAGAACAUGAAGCAGAACUAAAGAAGCAACCCAAAGAAAUCUCUAAAAAGCCUGUGAAGCCAAUUGUUAAAAAAGCUUCAGAAGAAACUACUCUUUUACAUCGUACCAGAAAUAUUAAGAAAGUGGAGACCAUUACACAACAGGCUGAAAGUACUCUUCUCACACAAACACAUAUUCAGGUACAGCAGAUUACUCCACAAGAGCAACCAUCUGAGGUUGGAUCUUCCGUCAUUCCACAGCUGGAGAAUGCAGAGGUAAUGAAAGACAUAGAUAAAUAUAAAUAUUCUAUAAAUGUAAGUGAAGUUCCAUUCGAAGAAAUUCCUAGGCAGGUAUCUUUACACCCAAGCACAAUUUCUUUUACACAACAGGGUGUUACUCAAACAAUUUCAGAGUUUUCGCAGCAUAGUCAAAGUGUGCAAGGCUUUAGUACUACAGGUUUUCAGCAAUUUUCACAGUCCAGACAGGUUACUCAUACUGGCUUCUUUCAAAACACACCAGAACAAGCUGUUCUUGAUUCAAGUGCAACAUUCAAUGUAACCAGUCAACAACAGUUUGCUCCACGGAAACCUCAAUGGAAUGAACCAACAUCUACAGAGCCCACAACUCUGCAAACUGAUGUACAAACUCAAAAGAAGCAAUUCGCAAAACAAACGAUUGUAGAAAAGCUAGAGAAAGCAAUGCAAAAAGAAAAAGAAACACCCAUAGAAAUUACAGCCCUACCCUUAAAAUCUAAACAGGAUAUCAUAUUUAAGAGUAAAGAAGUACCAGGGCCUACUGUUACCAAUGAGAAAAUAUUAAUUGAUGUAACUGAAAAGCUACCUGAACAAAAACUGCCAGAGGAAAGAGUGUAUCAAGAUUCAACCUCGUUUAUAAUUUCUACGACACAAAAACUUUCUCCAAGGGAGAUUAAAACACAGCAAAUUCGGUCUAAGCCUCAAGAGGCAAGAGUAUUGCCAGAAAUUCCAACUAAUAUCCAAAGCAUACAGAUGGAACAAGCUAAACACAUUGUUACAGAGAAGAUCUCAGAUGUAAUGAAAGUAGAAAAAGAACCAAUAAUUGAAAUAGAAGCACUUCCAUUGCAAACUAGACAAAAAAUUACAUUUGAUAGUAAGCUUAUUCCUAAACCAACAAGUCUGAAAGAAAGCGUAGUUGUUGGAGUAACACCAAAAACGCCUGUUAGUGUUUCAAAGAAAACUGAAGAAAUUUAUAAAGAAGAAAUUCCUCAUUUUGAUUCAACUUCUGUCAUAAAAUUUAGAAAAACAGAGAAAGUAACUUCCCAACAGUUAUUUAAAGAAACUCAAGUUCAAGAGCCCUUAAAAGCUCAAAUUGAUUAUGGAAUUAGCACUGAUAUUCAGACAAAAACAAAAGAAUCAGCUAAAGAAAUUAUUGUUGAAAAGCUAGAUAAUGUUGUAAAAUCAGAAAAAGAGCCCGUAGUUGAAAUUUCAGUUCUACCAAUGAAACCUAAACAGGAUAUAGUUUAUGACAGUAAGCUUGUACCUAAAACUAUACGGACGAAAGAAACUGUCGUAUUUGGAAUAUCUCCCAAACCACAAAAAGUUGUUCAAGAAAAGACUGAACCAAUAGAAUUUAAAGAAACAACUUAUGAUUCAAGUAUAACGGCAUCUGUCACUAAAGUAGAAAAAUUAGCUCCACAGAAGCCCUUAUUACAAGACAAAAAACCUGAACCACAAAAGGCAAAAACUGAUUUCGAAACACACUCCGAUAUCCACACAAAAGCAAAGGAAAUAGCAAAAGAAGUAAUUACAGAAAAAUUAGAUAAAGUUAUAAAAUAUGAAAAAGAACCUGUAGUGGAAAUUACAGCUUUACCAAUGAAAUCAAAACAAGAUAUAGUGUUUGAUAGUAAGUUUGUACCCAAGCCAAUUAGAAUGCAAGAAAGUGUGGUUGUUAGAAAAUCAUCCAAACCUGAACAAGUAGUGGGAGAAAAAACUGAAUUAGUCAAAGAGGAAGAAACUUUCUAUGAUUCAAGUACACUUAUGACUUUCUCUAAAGUAAAGAGAGAAACUACCCAACAGCCUUUAAUGCACGAUGAAAAACCAGAACCCCAACAAGCCAAAACAGACUAUGAAGUACAUUCCAAUAUUCUAACAAAAGAAACAGCUAAAGGAGUAAUAGUGGGGAAAUUGGAUACAAUAGUUAAACAAGAAAAGGAACCAGUAGUUGAAAUUACAGCUCUACCAAUGAAGCCGAAACAGGAGAUUACCUACGACAGCAAAGUUCUACCAAAGACUACAAGAACUGUUCAACGUGUAGUGUUUGGAGAAACCCCUAAACCACAAAGAGUGAUUAUGGAUGAAACAGAACCUAUCACGUGUGAAGAAAAAUUUUAUGAUUCAAGUACAAUCAUGACUGUUACCAAAAGAGAGAAAAUUAUUCCACAGCAAUCAUUUAUACGAGAAGAGCAACCUGAGUCACAAAAAGCUGAGAUUGAUUACAAAAUACAUUCCGAAAUUCAAACGAUAAAAAAAGAACCCAUCAAACAUACCGUUACAAAAAAGACAAGUAAAAUGACGAUAGAAAAAGAACCGGUAAUUGAAAUACAAGCAUUACCCAUGAAACUAAAACAAGAUAUUGUUUACGAUAGUAAUCUUACUUCUAAACCAACAGUAGUAAAAGAAAACAUUGUGGUUCAAGUUUCAUCCAAAUCACAAUCCGUAGUCAUUAAGGAAACUGAGAUAUUCCCUGAGGAAGAAACACACUAUGAUUCCAGCUCAAUCACAACCAUAUCAAAACAGAGCAAACCAACUCCACUGAAGCCCCAACAGAUAGAAGAAAAACCUAUACCACAAAAAGCUAUUGACUUUGAAGUGCCAUCUCAUGUUCUAACAAAAGCAAAAGAAACAAAGAAAGAAAUAAUAACAGAAAAACUAGACAAAACAGUUAAAGUGGAAAAAGAGCCUGUGAUUGAAAUCACAGCUUCACCUUUACAACCGAAACAAAAAAUAAGCUACGAUAGCAAAGUGAUAUCAAAACCUGAAAUUGAAAGAGAAAAACUAAUCAUUGAUACAAAGCCUAAAGAAAAGAAAACUCAAGAUCAACCGGAUAAAACUAUCGUUGAGGAUAAAACCUUGCAGCCCUUAAAAGACACCGCCCCAGUCUUAAAAAGAGAUGAUAAACCAAAAGGACCGACAAAGAUUACACCAGAAAAGCCUAGAAAAGACCAAAAGGUGAGUCUGAAGAUAACUAAGAAAGGCUCUGACAAAGAAAACCAAGAAAUUCUUCCUCAAAAAUUUGAAAAACCAGAAACGCAAGAAAUUAAAUACGAAGAAAUUUUGCACGAUUCUAAGACUUUCGAUGUUAUUAAAAUACAACCAACAAAAUUAAUCAGCAGUGAUAUUAAGCCACAAAAACCUCUCUUUGCACAAAUUCAGUUGCAUAAAACUAGGAUAGAAAGGCGCAAAAUGGAAGAAUUUAAACCAGAGUUUGUUGAUUACCAAUUGAAAUCAUUUACUUUGGAGGAGCUACCUCAACCUGUUAGAGCUGAAAUUACUGAACCUCAUAAAAAACAAGUGAAACUGCAACAUGCUAAGAUAGAAAAAAGAAAACCAGAAGAAUUCAAACCGGAAUUUGUUGAUUACCAAUUGAAACCAUUUACGUUAGAAGAAAUGCCUAAACCACUUCAGGCUCAAAUUACCGAACCACACAGAGCUCAAGUGCAGCUGCAGCCUACUAAAAUAGAGAAACAAAAACCAGAAGAAAUCAAACCAGAAUUCAUUGAUUAUCAGCUGAAACCUUUUACGUUUGAAGAGAUGCCGAAACCUCUUCAAGCUGAAAUUACUGAACCCCACAGAGCCCAAGUGCAACUACAGCAUACUAAAAUAGAGAAGAUAAAGCUGGAAGAAAUAAAACCCGAAUUUAUUGAUUACCAGUUAAAAUCAUUUACUUCAGAAGAGACACCGAAACCACUUCGAGCUGAAAUUACCGAACCGCACAGAGAUCAAGUGAAGCUACAGCACACUAAGAUAGAAAAACUAAAGCCCGAAGAGUUCAAACCUGAGUUUGUUGAUUAUCAUUUAAAAUCAUUUACGAUUGAGGAAGCACCUCAAUCAUUUACAGCACAGGUUAUUGAAUCUCAUAAAUCACAAGUAAAACUGCAACAUACGAAAAUCGAAAGAGAGCUGCCUCAAAAAGUAAAACCUGAAUUUGUUGAUUACAAACUCAAGUCCUUUUUCACCUCCGAUAAACCAGAACCACUCCAAGCACAAGUGACAGAUCAACAAGAGUUUAAACCUAAAAUGGUUAAAGAUGUUGACCUAAAGGAAAAAGAAACAUUCACUGAGGUAACUAAAAUUGGAUUGAAGAGAACACAAAAACCGUCAACAACCGAAGUUACAAAAUCUGACACAACACAGUUAUUAAAACAGCAGGUAAAACUUGAUACUUCUGUUAAAGUGAUGGAAACUGAGAAAGUUUUACAACAAGAACAAAUAGUCACACAAGUUGAUGAAAUCGAUAUAAAUCUUCUAAGCAUAAAAAACAAACAAGAAAUUACAACAGAAUCAAUACAAACUACUGCAAAAACAGAAAAACAAAUUACAAUACAGAAAACAGAUUUAAAACCUCAACGAGUAACCGAGGUUAUAGAAGAGACGGAAAAACCACAAACUUCACAAACAGCUAUUGCUUUACCCCAAAAAACUGUUGUUAAGAAAAAAACGAAACCUGAAGUGACUAAAACCAAAGUAGAACCUGUAACACUGAAAGAAACGAUGACAGAUUUUAAAGUAACUUCAAAACAAAAAGUAACAGAAGCAGUAAUUCAACCUGUGAAAGCAGUAGAAGUUAAAAAGAUUGAGUUCUCGAAACUUGAACCAAAAACUUUUGAACGAGAUAUUCACAUGACAUCAACUGCUGUCGAAAGUCCUGACAUUGACGUUACUCAAACUAAAAAACAAGACAUUGUUUUGGAUAGUAAAGGAAAAAUGCCUAAAAUAACAGAAAAAGUUAUCACAACGGAAUCAAUACAAACUACUGCAAAAACUGAAGAAGAAAUCAAAAUCCAGAAAAUAGAUUUGAAACCUCAGCGAGUAACCGAAGUUGUGGAGGAGUCCGAAAAACCACAAACUUCGCAAACAGCUAUUGCUUUACCCCAAAAAACUGUUGUUAAGAAAAAAAUGAAACCUGAAGUGACUAAAACCAAAGUAGAACCUGUAACACCGAAAGAAAUGAUGACAGAUCUUAAAGUAACUUCAAAACAAAAAGUAACAGAAGAAGUAAUUCAACCUGUAAAAGCAGUAGAAGUUAAAAAGAUUGAGUUCUCGAAACUUGUACCAAAAGCUUUUGAACGAGACAUUCACAUGACAUCCACUGUUGUCGAAAGUCCUGACAUUGACGUUACUCAAACUAAAAAACAAGACAUUGUUUUGGAUAGUAUAGGAAAAAUGCCUAAAAUAACAGAAAAAGUUAUCACAACGGAAUCAAUACAAACUACUGCAAAAACUGAAGAGCAAAUCAAAAUCCAGAAGAUAGAUUUGAAACCUCAACGAGUAACCGAAGUUGUGGAGGAGUCCGAAAAGCCACAAACUUCGCAAGCAGUUAUUACUUUACCACAAAAAACUGUGGCUAAGAAAAAGACAAAAAAGACAGAUGUAGAGUUGGAGGAAGUUACAGAAAUAACGAAGUUUAAACCAGAAGUUAUCUUAACAAGUAAAGCGAAAGUGAAACCUGAACCUGUAAAAAUGCAAGAAAUGAAGACUGAUUUCGAAGUAACUUCAAAACAAAAAGUUACAGAAGAAAUAAUUCAACCUGUAAAAUCAGUAGAAGUUAAAAAGAUUGAGUUUAAGAAACUUGAGCCAAAAACAUUCGAACGAGAUAUUCGCAUGACAUCCACUGUUGUUGAAAGUUCUGAUAUUGACGUAACUCAGAUUAAAAAACAAGACAUUGUUUUGAAGAGUAAAGGAAAACAGCCUGAAAUAACAGAAAAAGAACUAAUCGUUUCAGAUUCUCAAGUAGCAACUGCUGAAACAGCUCUAAAACAAACAUUCACUGAUGAGUUAAAUAUUCACAAAAAAGAAAUCAAAAUUUCAAAGGAAGUAAAACAAGAAGUUGAUAUAUCUACCAAACAAAAAGCUAAAACUGAAUUGGAAAUUAAAAAAUCAGUGGAGGCCUUAAAGACAAUGGAAUCAUCGUUGAAAGUCAUUUUCCCCGAAAAAGUGACUUUUGAUGAAAUUCCCACCGGCGAAUUCGUUGCUCAAAUAUUGUCAUCUGUUAAAGAAGAAAAAGGAGCAAUUUGCAAAAUGUCUCCUAGAGAGUCAUUAGUAAUAUCAGAAAUUACUGAUGAACAGAGGCCUGAAGAACUAAGCACUACCCGCCCUAAAGACGCCCAUGCAAUAGUACAAUACAAGUUGCAGGAACCAAUAGAUGUGGUCAUGGUAGAAUCUGAAGAAAAAGCCAAAGAGUUUGCAGCUGGUACACAACCAGGUGAAGUAACUGCUAGAACUACGAUAAAAACAAAAGAGUCGCUAACAAUAUCUCAAAUAAACACAGAAAUGACACCAUCUGAAUUUGUAUUAGAGGAAAAACCUUCUCAGAAAAAAGCUGAUCUUGAUGUUACUACUAGAGAAACAUUCCAAAUAUCAGAAGUGUUACUUGAAGAGCGUCCUGGUUCAUUUGCACCAGGAAAACUUCCUGGUGAAGUACACGCUGGUGUCGAAUGGACCACAAAAAAAUCACUGAGUGUGUCGGAAACUUCAACACAACAAGAAGCCGAAGUGUUGAAAAUUGCAUCAGUACCUGCAAUUGAUAAGGCUAUAGUAGAACUCUCACAGCAAGAAAGUCUUGAAGUUUCUCAUAUGACAUCUGAAGAGAAGCCUGGUAGUUUUGAAGCUGGAAAACUACCAGGAGAAGUUCAGGCAAAUUUGAAGCUAACAACUACAGAUUCAAUUUCAAUUUCUGAAAUAUCCACUCAGCAAAGUUCAUCAGAAUUAUUGUUAGAAAAAACACCUAAUGUAGUGAUGGCUAAUGUUGACAUAUCUCACCAAGAGCCAAUUGAAGUUUCAGAAAUCCUAUCAGAAGAAAUAUCUAAAAAGUUUUCUGCUGGCCAGUUACCAGGAGAAUUACAGGCUGGUGUAAAAUGGACUACUAACAAGCCUUUGUCAGUAACAGAAAUAUCAACUGAACAACAAUCUGAAUUUUUAGAAGUGGAGAAAAAGCCAACUGAAAUUCAAGCUUUAUUAGGACUUUCGCAACAGGAAUCUUUGGAAGUGUCUCAAACAGUUUAUUCAGAAGGGCAUGGCCAGUUUGAAGCUGGAAAACUUCCGGGAGAAGUUCAGGCGGGUAUUAAAAUUACUACCAAGGAAUCUUUAAUUAUUUCUGAUAUUACUACUCAGCAAGAAUCAGAAAGUCUAAGUGAUCAGAAACUACCUCAAUCUACACAUGCUUCUGUAGGAAUUUCACAACAAGACUACAUUGAAGUGUCUGAGUCGUUGUCUGAAGAACAGCCUGGACAAUUUGCGGCUGGAAAACUACCCGGAGAAAUACAAGCAGAUGUUAAAUGGACAACUAAAAAACCAUUGCUUGUAGAAGAAGUCUGUACUGAACAACAUUCCGAAAAAAUGGAUGUCAGCAAAACACCAAGUGCAGUACAGGCCCAUGUGGACAUUGCGCAUCAAGAACCAGUUGAAAUUUCUGAAAUGUUACCAGAUGAAAAACCAGAAGUAUUUGCUGCUGGAAAAUUGCCCGGCGAGAUUACAGCUGGUGUUAAAAUUACCACUAAAAGUUCUUUAACAGUAUCUGAAGUAUCAACGCAACAAUUACCUGAAGCAUUAAUCGAAGAAAAGAAACCUAUAUCUGUUCAAGCUGGAUUUGAUUUAUCUCACCAAGAAUCUAUUCAAAUAUCUGAAAUGCUAACAGAUGAAAAACCUGGAUAUUUUGCGCCUGGAAAACUCCCUGGGGAAAUACAGGCAAACGUUCAAUUUACUACUAAGAAACCUUUGCAAGUUUCAAAAAUCGAUUUACAGCAAACUCCAGAAGAGCUUUCUCUUCAAAAGAGACCAGCAGAGGUUCAUGCAGAAUUUGGAUUAUCUCAGUUAGAACCCAUUGAAAUUUCUCAUACGUUACCAGAAGAAAAACCUGGACAUUUCAGUGCAGGACAACUUCCUGGAGAAGUACAAGCAGGUAUUAAGCUGACAACCGAAAAGUCCUUAUCUGUUUAUGAGGUUUCUACUCAGCAAACGUCCGAAGAUCUACCUUCGGAAAAGAAACCUACCGAAGUAAAAGCUCAAAUGAAUUUUUCACAAACAGAGGGCUUAGAAAUUUCUCAUACGCUACCUGAAGAGAAACCCGGAAAGCUAGCAGCUGAUAAAUUACCCGAGGAAGUAAAAGCUGGAGUAAAAUUCCAAGUAAAAGAAUCUUUAUCAGUGUCAGAAGUAUCAGCAAACAUGGAAUCGGAAGAUAUGAGGGAACAGAAAAAACUUCUUACCGAAUCUGCUACUGUCGGCAUAUCUUCUCAAGAUUACAUUCAAGUGCAGCAAACUCAUCUUGAAGAACAUCCUGGUGAGUUUGCUGCGGGAAAACUGCCUGGUGAAAUACAGGCUGGUGUUGGUUUUACUACAAAAUCUUCCGUAUCUGUUUCUGAAGUAUCCACUCAACAGGUACCAGAGCAGUUUGAAACUGAAAAGAAACCAACAGCUUUACAAGCAGCUGUUGAUGUGUCACUUCAAGAAAGCGUUGAAAUAGAGCAAACGACAGUAGAUGAAAUGCUUGAUAAGUUCGCACCUGGAAAAUUACCAGGAGAAAUUCAAUUAGAUUUCAGAUGGACUACAAAGAAACCCUUGACUGUCUUGGAAACAUUAUUUCAACAGCUUGCAGAGGAUUUAGAACUCGAUAAAAAGCCCUCUGAGGUGAAAGCUUUGUUGGGAAUUCCUCAACAAGAAUGCAUUGAAAUUUCUCAAAUAUUGUUGGAAGAGAAACCAGGGCAGUUUGCUGCGGGAAAACUACCUGGAGAAGUUCAAGCUGGAAUUGGGUUUACAACAAAAAAAUCAUUAACGGUCUCUGAAGUUGAAACAGAACAGAACUCGGAACAACUACAAGAAAAGGAAAAACCUGCUGAAAUUCAAGCUUUGGUUGGUGUUUCGCAUCAAGAAUCUGUACAAAUUUCGCAUACACUUCCUGAAGAAAUACCUGGACAAUUCGCAGCUGGUAAACUGCCAGGCGAGGUACAAGCUGGAGUUAAAUUCUCUACCAAAAAACCAUUGAUUGUUUCCGAAGUAUCAGUUGAACAAACACCAGAUGAUAUGAAAGUAGAAAAACCCCAAAGCGUUACUGCUGGAGUGGAUUUAACUUUGAAAGAGACCAUAAGCGUGUCCGAAACUCUAACUGAAAUCAAACCUGGUGAAUUUGUUCCCGAGGAAUUGCCUACUGGCGUCAGUGCUGAAGGCAAAUUCAUAUCAAAACAGACUGUAUCUGUGGAACAAGUUGUAACUGAACUUUGUACAUCAGAUUUAAAAACCCCAAAGCGACCUUUAAGCAAGCAUUUAGAUUUCGAAGUAAUUAGUUCGGAUUCUUUGAAUGUUUCAGAAGCAUUUGUCGGUGAUCAACCGAAAGAGUUAGUCCAUAAGAAAUUACCAGCUGGUGAGCUAGCUGAAAUAAAUGUUCCUUAUUUGGAAACGUGUUCCAUCUCUGAAAUUACAUCGGCUGACUUUCCGUCAGAAUUACCACUUGAUAAAAAACCUACCGAAGUAACUGCGAGUGCUAAUAUAUUACCAAAAGAUUCUCUGCACGUAUCAGAAGUUACCGCAGAAACAACUGCCGCUGAUCUUUUGCUUAAAUUACCUGAAUCUGCCUCUGCAUCUGUUAGUUACAUCAAAAAGCAAUCGUUUUCAGUGCAAGAGACCGAGUUGGAAGAGAUUUAUGAGAAUUUAACAGAAGAUAAAAAACCUAUUGAGAAAAAAGCAAAUUACAAGUUCACGAAGGAAGAUCAUUUAAAUGUAUCUGAAAUCAUCUCCCAAACUAAUGCAUCCGAUUUAGAAUUAGAACAACUUCCUACUGGAUUAACAGCGCAGCUGUCAGUAACAUCAGCUCAGCAUGUUUCGGUAUCAGAAAUAACGCCUGAGAAUAAAGUUUCUGAUUUCGAAUCUCGGGAUACAGCGAUACAUGGUGUUGCUGAAAUAGGGCUAUCCCCUCAUGAAACAUUUGUUGUAUCGGAAGUUAUUGACGAAAUUAGAGCAGCUUCUUUAGAGAAAGAUGUGAAACCAGAAGAAACUAGUGCUAAAGUUAAAUUCAUACCAGAGGAGCAUAUUGCCAUAUCUGAUGUAGCAAUGCAAGCAGUAACAGCUGAUCUUGUUGAAGAUAAAAAACCUGAAGGCCAACAGGUGCAAUAUGAAAUAUCAUCGCAACAUACGCUAAGUGUAUCUGAAAUCCAAGCCGAAGAGAAAGAGAAUGUGUUUAAGGCAGACGAAAUUCCUGGCUCGCGAAAGGUGGAUUUUGAAAUACCUUCAGACGUCGUCGCACAAGUUUCUGAAGUAUUAACUCAAGAUUCUUUUAAGGAGCUCACCGAAGAAUUGCCUGGAACAGAAAUAGCGGAUGUAUCCAUACCUUUUGAUCUGGCGAUGCAAGUAUUGGAGGUUCUUGAAAACAGUUCUAUUAGCGAUAUGAAACCUGAUGAGAUACCGGGUACAAAAUUGGCCGAUGUCUCUAUCCCCUCGGAGUUAGCCACGCAGGUCUAUGAGGUGUUGGCCAACAGCUCCAUUGGAGACCUGCAGAUAUCUGAGCGGCCUGGUUCGAGACAAGCUGAAAUCGAAAUCUCUCCCAAAAUACCAGCUGAGGUUUCUAUCGUUACAUCUUACAGCAGCACAAAAGAGUUUAAGUCUGGAGAACUACCAGGAACUCAAGAACUCUCAUACACUGUACCAUCCGAUGUUGCGAUGCAAGUGAUGGAAGUGACUACACAAGGUUCACUGCAAGAAAUUACAGAAGAACGACCCAGUAUGGCGAAUGCUGAAGUCAGUUUACCAUCAGAUUUGGCAACACAAGUUAUGGAAAUUCUUAGUAAUCAUUCUGUUGCGUCCUUAACAGCAGACACAAUGCCUGGUGCAAGAAAAGUAGAUGUGAUUCUUCCUUCUGAAAUUGCAAUGCAAGUUUAUGAAACAUUAGCUCAUAGUUCAAUAACCGAUAUGAUGCCGAUGGAAAAACCAUCAUCCACUACAGCAGCAGUUGGAGUUGUUGAAAAAGUCUCAGUACAGGUUAGUGAAGUUACUCCAGGACAAGAAACUGGUGACAUGGAAAUUUUACAGCCUUUAGAAAAGAAAGCAAAAGAAUCUUUUAGACCAGAAUUACCUACUGCUCAAACGUCAGAAACUGUUCAAGUUCUAGUUAUGACGAAAAAGGAUAAAGAAAUUCUUCCAACGGAUGAAGAAAAAACCUCUAAGGAUGAAAUUGUAAUGCGAAAGAAACGAAAGGAAAAGAUUAUUGUUACAGAAGAGGAAGAACGAGAGAUAAGAGACAUUGAUAUUGAAAUUCACGGAUUCGGACGAAAGGUUCAUGGGGAAUUAAAAGACAUCCCGACACAAACGGUUCAGGUUGAUAUCCAAACUGACACUACACAAACACAAACAGACACAUUAAAAACUGACACGACUCAGACAGAUACGACACAGAUAGAUAUUGAGCUCUCUUCAAAGGGUACUAUGCCAAUCAGUGUUGAUUCCAAAAAAGUUACGAAACCAACGUACUCCGUAACUCAGCAAAUAGACAAAACUGUAACCGAGACUGACAAAGCCCCGGUUCAAAAAGAUGAUUCAGCAUCUUUAACAAUCUCAAAAAGAAAGAAAAAAGAUAAGACAGUAAAUGAAGAAUUUAUCGUGAAACCGGAAACCGAAGAAGAUUCAAGUGUUGAGGAAAUUAACCUCCAGCUCAAGCCAGUUGAUGAAGACAUAGCUGAAACGAAACUCGAUGUUACGAGAAGUGAUGUUGUUACUGUUGAAGAAACUGCAGACGUGAAGUCUAUAAUCAAAAAGAAGAAAAAAGAAAAGAAACCUGAAAAAUUAUACAAAGAGGAAGCACGAUUAGAUGUUAAACCUGAAAUUGAAGAUCAAAAGCAAGAUGAUGUUAUUCAGAUCGACGUAUCCACUAAGCCAGAACAAGAGGUUGAUAUUAUCAGUUUAAAGAAAUCAAAACCUAAAACCACUAAGAAAACAAAACAGCCCGAAGAAGAACAAGUGAACGAAACUAAAGUAUCUCUAAUAAAAUCUGAUACAGAAGAAAAAAUUGAUAUCACAAUAACAAGUAAGAAACCGAAACAAACGAUUGAUGUAACAAGUAAAGGUUUAGAAAAAUCUAAAGUUGAAGUAACCAAAGAAGUUUCUGUACCUGAAAAAGAACAUGUUUCUGAAGAUCAGAUAGAUUUGAAAAAGCCAAUUAGAGAAGAGAAAGACGUUGAAGUUUUGGAAGAUGUUAAAAAACCAGAACAAAUAAUUGAUGUAAAAAGUAAAGGUUUGAAGAAAUCAAAAAUUAAAAUCACAAAAGAAAUUGAUAAACCUGAAGAAGAGCAAAUUACGGAAGAUACAAUUCAGUUAAAAAAGCCUGUUAAAGAGGGUGAAGAUGUUGAGAUUACAGUAGAAAGUAAAGGUCCGAAACAAAUUAUUGAUAUUAGUAGUGAAGCAUUAGAUUUAAAGACAUCAGAAGUUGAAAUAACAAAGGAAAUAACGAAACCAGAAGUCGAUGAAAAGUCUGAAGAUACAAUUUCGAUGAAAAAACGAAUAGUCGAAGACAAAAAUAUUGAUAUUUUGGUUGAAACCACAAAACCAGAACAAACAGUUGAUGUGAAAAGUAAAGGUUUAAAGAAGUCAAAAACAAAAGUGAGUAAAGAAAUUAAACAACCGGAAGAACAAAUAACGGAAGAGGUUAUUCAGAUAAAGAAGCCUAUUAAGGAAGAAGACGUUAAAACUACAUUGGAGGCUAAAAAACCGAAACAAGAUAUUGACGUGAUUAGUAAAGUUUUGAAAAAAUCAAUAGUUGAAGUAACAAAAGAUGUAUCUAGACCAGAAGACGAAGAAACUUUUAAAGAUUCCAUUUCUUUGAAAAAGCGAAUUGAUAAGGAUGAAGAUAUUGAAAUUACAUUGGAUACAGUAAAGCCAGAACAAAUAAUAGACAUAACGAGUAAAGUUUCGAAAAAAUCACGUGUUAAAGUCACAAAAGAAAUUAUAAAACCUGAAGAAGAAAUAGAAGUUUCUGAAGAUGCAAUUUCUUUGAAGAAACGUAUUGAACAAGAAGACAACGUCGAGAUUAUAGUCGAAACUAAAAAACCGAAACAAACAAUUGACGUACAAAGUAAAGGCUUGAAAAAAACUAAAAAAGUGACCGAAUCAGUUACGUUAACAGAUAAACCUGAAGAUGUGGCAGAAAUCUAUUUAAAUAAGGUAACGUUAGAUACAAAACCUGAAGAAACUCUUUUGCCUGAGAAAGUCCUGGACCAAGAAAGCGAUGUUGAAGAAGAGUCAAAAACAUCUGCAGAACUAAAACCCAAGCCUAAAGAGGAUACCGUAUCGAUAAUAAAGAAGAAACAAAAGAAAAAGCAUGAAGUUAAAAGCGAGACGGAAGUAUCUCUGGAUAUAAGCGGAAAAUCUACGUCAACUACAUCGACCUUCUUAUCCAGAAAAGAAUUGAUGCCUGUAUCCAAUGAACAAAAUGAUUUAGUACUAUUUCAAGAUGAAGUUGUUGAAAAUAUUCCUCAAGAAUCUUCUCCGGCAAAAGGCACUGCUGAUGUGUCAGUUGUUAUGAAUAAACCUUUAUUUGUAAGCUCAAUAAUUCCACAAGGAAAAGAACACACCUCUACUUUCAAUACUCCAGAUGAACGAAAGGGUACAAUAAGUAUACUUGAACAACAAGCUUUAGUUAUUUCAAUGACUGAAUCCCAGGCAAGGGAAGAAAUUCUUCCACAAAUACAAGAGGAUACUCAGAAAGCUGAUUUUAAGUUACUUACGAAAAAUUACAUUACAGUUACGGAGAUAAAGCCAUCAGAUAUGGAAAAAUUAUUGGAAACUGAAACCCCCGUUGAAUUAAGAGCAAAGCUCUCGACUGUUGAUGCAAAACCUAUUCUCGUCGAAGAAAUAAGCGUACAUGGUGAAGCUCUCAACCUGAAAGCUGAAGAAGCUGUCCCACAUCAAAGCAGCUUUAGCAUUCACCCUAGCCAUUCUGUCAAUGUAGAAGAAAUGGUAACCGAAGAUAAAGAAAUGCGUUUGUCACCAGAUCGCUAUCAAGAAAAACAAGUUACGUCAAGUGUGAAACCAUUAUCGAGUUUGCAAGUGUCUGAAGUUUAUUCGGAAAUUGUGCCUCAAGAUUUGAAACAAAUCGACACAGUUCCCAAAAAUGCCACAACGCAGUUAACCGUGCAAGAAGCUUUAGUUAUUGAAGCGGCUGAUACUUCAGAUAUUGGUGAACACAUUGGUGAUGAAAAACUAAAACCUAUAAAAGCUUUUGAAACUGUUAUACUUGGUCAAGGCAUAUCUGUAACCGAAAUUACGUCGGAAAUUAGAGAAAUUGAUCUCAAAACUGAAUCGAUACCGAAAUCUUUAAAAGCAACUGAGAAUAUAUCGAAGGACGCAUUCAUUGAAAUUAGCGAUUCUGUAGUCCUUGGGGCAACUAAGGAGCUUCCAGAUCUUGCUCCCGAUACAAAUAUUGCCGAAGUAGCGUUUGAAACAAGAGAAAAUGUAUCGGUAACUGAAACAUUGCCUGUUCACCAAGAAGUACAACUAGAAACCUCAUUUAACGUACCAAAUUUCCAACCUCAAGUUUCGAUUGUAUCGAUCAAAACCGUCGAAAUUUCUGAAACCGAACUUCAUGAUAAAGAGUCAGUUUAUAUACCUAAAACUCUAAACGAGCAGACCCUAUUGCCCCACUUUAUUAAAAAUGAAGCUUUGCAUAUUUCAGAAAUAUUGAUUUCUGACCAAGAAACUAACAUUGAUUACACAGAAACUAAAAAUGAAAUGGUUCCUGUAAGUUCCAUAGCUCUCGUUGAAGCAGUGAUUGUAUCAGAAUGCAGACAUGAAGGAAAAGAGGAUCAACUUGAUAUAAUAGCAGUUCCUAACUUUUCCCAUGCUUCUCCAUCACAUUCAUCCAAUUUCGCUGUUUCUGUUUCAGAAACUGAGGUUGCUGAAGCUGAAAAUCCACUGUCGUUAGCUAAACCAUUACAAGAAAGCGUUAAAAGUUCAUUCGUUCCUGAAAAAGCAAUUACAAUCGUAGAAAUAAGUACUGAACAAAAGGAGAGAGAUUUAGAAUCGGAGUUAAAGCCUAAUACCAAGCAAUUACCAGUAUCUUACGUGCUAGAACAGGCUUUAGAAAUUUCUCAAGAUAAUACCCUCGACAAAGAGAAUGAGUUUAAGAAAAAAGAACUGCAAACAUUUCAAGCCGAAGGUACCCUGCUUGCUUUGGAUGAGGCUUUACAAGUUCGAAUAGACGAUGUUCAAGAAAAAGAACAUCCACAAAGCAUUGAAGAAACUAAGAGCUCUUUUGCGGAUUCCGAAUUUACGCCAUUUGUAGCUUUUUCUGUAACAGAAACGGAAACUGCUAUUAAGGAGCAAAGCUUAUCUGUAGAAGAUAAACCCCUGGAUAGAGUAAUUGCAAACGAACAGCUUGCUCCUCAAAUAACCGCUGUUGAGAUUCAAGCACCUAAUGUUGUUGAUCAAGAAGGAGACUGGUCAAAAGACUGGCGACCUGAAGGGAAACAUGCUGAACCUUUUCUUCAAACAGAAGAGGCGUGUACGAUCUCAGUUACAGAAACAAAUGUAUCUGAAGAGGCCCUUGAUGUUGACAUUAAACCUGAAUCAAAGAGGCCUAAUGUCGAGGUUGUUUCCUACCAUGCACUUGCUAUUUCUGAAGCAACAUCAAAUGUAAAUGAAGAAGAUUUACAAGAUGUAUCUCACCCAACACAAGUGAAAGCAAUGAAAUCUUUUGUUGAGGACAUAGCUCUACAAAUUGCAGAAAAUGAGUUAAUUUCGAAAGAAACGGACUAUAAUCCCGCUCCACUACCAACAGGUAAAAAACUCGUUAUCCGAACAGAGUAUAAACCAGAAAAAGCUGUUAGUGUUACUGAAAUGCAAACUAACAUAUCAGAAGGAAUUUUGCAGCUUGAAACUGCAGAAACUGAUAAAGCUAAAAUAGCUUUAGCUGAAGCAAAUGUAGCUGUCGCGGUAAAAGAGGUUUUGCUUGCAGGCCAAGUAGAAGCAAUAUUACAAGAACAACCCGAACAAAAAAAUAUUAAUUUUGAGCUGACACAAUCAGAAGCUUUACAAGUAUCAGAAGUAAAAUUUAAUGAUAAUGAAAAUAUAUUAAAUAUAGAAGAUAAACCAAAACUUCAUUCAGCUGAUUUCAAUUUAUUAGCAAAAGAAGCUAUCUGUAUUAGCGAAACAAAAUCAUCCCUGAAAGAAACAGAACUGGCAGAAUUCCCCAAACUUGAUUUGAAGAAUGCUUCAACUGUUUUACCUCUAGAAGUCGCUUUAGAAAUUGAAGAAGUAGAAGCGGGACAAAAAGAGUCAGUUUUGAAAGAUAAAGAAAAACCGAUUUCAUUGCUUGCUGAUUUUUCAUAUGCUCCCGAAAAAGCUGUCAUAAUUUCGGGUGUACAACCAGACAAUACAUUUGCUGAUUUUGUGGACUCACAAUUACCUGAAGAAAGAAAAGCACUGACAUCUGUUGAGAUUGGAGAGAGUUUAAUUAUUCGCGAAAUUAAUUUAGUUGAUUAUACCGAAAAAUUUGAUCAGUCGAUUGAUCAGCCUAGUGUAAAAUCCGCCAAUCAAGAAUUCGAAAACUUAGAAUCUGUUUCUGUGUUACAAGUAGAAUACAACGUUAAAGAAAAUGAGAUGAGUGAUUUUAAGUUGCCUGAUCAGAUAAAUUUGUCUCCAUCUCUGGGCAUAUCACAUCCUCUUGAAAUUAAGUCAACUGAAGUUGCGGAAAAUGAAUUACCAUUAGAGAUUUUGCCUAUUCCAAAUGCAUUUGAAGCUAACGUUUCAUUACCAGAAACUGUUGCAUUUGAUGUCAGUUCCAUAGAAACAGGAGAAUCCGUAGGAGAUCUUGCUACAGACUUGAAAAUGGAUUCGGUAGAAGGAAACGUCACUUUGGUUUGUAACCAACCUGUAAAUGUUUCUGAAGUAUUUCCAGAUGCUCGUGAAUCAGACAUUUUUAUAGAACCUUUGAAGCAACCUGUUUUAGCUACAGAAACACACACACCACUCACACAUUUAACAGUUACUGAUACAGUAUUAGAUUCAAAACUGGACACUUUAAUAGUUUCAAAUCCUGAAACCGAAAGUGCUCAGGCUCAUAUAUCCGUGGGGGAAUCAAUUGAAGUUUCUCAAAUGAAUGUAAUAGAAAACACUACAGAGACUGAAACCACACCUAUGCCGUCAGAAUCAGAAAUUACAUUUUCACUAAUUCCACAACAAGCUUAUAACAUAUCCAGCAACGAAAUUUUAAUUUCUGAAAACGACUACACACCUAAGACAGAAAUAUCACACAAUGUAUCGUCUUCUCUAAUUCCCCAUGAAACGGUCCAAAUAAAUUUGAUUAACACGUCUUUAAGUGAAUCCGAACUUCAGCCAGAUUUAGUACCAAAAGAACAAACUGCUGAACGCAUACUGAGUGAAUCAGAUCACAUGACUAUUGAAGAAACAAUACAUUUUACUUCAGAGCAGUACAUUGAACAGCAAAGCAUGCCGUCAAAAGAAGCUAUCGCCACUUUAAUCCCUCACAAGCAACUACCCGUUGUUCAACAACUCACUUGCGGUACUUGCGAAAGUGAAUGCCUCAUACCUGAUACACCUUCUUCUCAUACAGCUGAUAUCGAACUCACUUCUGUUCAAUCGAUCGAAGUUUCACUGACGCAACCAGAGAUAACUGAAUCGGAAUUACGCGAUGAAUCACCAAUAAUUUCUAACGCUGGUUUUUCCAUCGCAACUAAUGAAGCUUUACAGAUGCAGGAAAUAUUGACAUCUUCUGGUGUAGGAGACUGUGUUCAUGAUAUACCUUCCAUAUUUAAAGCUAUCGUAGACUUUGCCAGUUUUAAAUCCCCCUCCAUAUCUGAGAUAGAAACUGUUGAGAUGGAAUCUGAAUUAUCGCUUCCAGUAAAACCAGAUACUCAUACAACUAAUAUUAGUAUUAGUCCUCAUGAAAUUUCUGUAACUUCUCACGUUCUGACAGGAGACGUUGAAGGUCAUUUAGAGGAAGAAAUCGUACCUGAAUCUCAUAAUUUGCAACCUUCUAUCUCACCCCUAGAUUACUGUCUUGUUGAAGAAGUAAUUGCUUCAGGCAAAGAAGACACUUUAACUUUAGACACCCAAGCUAAAAUUAAAGCUACAAGUUCGUUUAAUAUGCACGAGGCUGCAAUGGUUGGGGAAGUAAUUGUUCAAUCGAAAGAAGGAGAAUUGAUUGAGGAAUUGAAACAAUCUCCUAUAUUCGCUAAUUUUAGCAUUCCAGCUGAAAAAAGUGUAGAAAUAUCUGACAUCCUUAUAUCAGAAAGUGAGGUACCUAUGAAAGACGAAAUUUUGCCUAACGCUCAACGCGCAGAAAAAGAAUUUUCCGCAAACUUUUCAGUUAAUGUCCAGGAAGAUAUAAUUCAUGAAUUAACUUCGCCAGCAGUGUUACAUAAAUCCGCAGAUUUAGAAACUCUUCCUGAAAUACAGGUAAUUUCUAAUUAUCCAGUUUCUAUUUCAGAAACGGCAUCUGAGCUUCGAGAAGACGAUUUGAAAGAUGAAAUCACUAUAUCUAAGAAAGCUACUGUGACUAUACUUGGCAAUUUAUCGGCAGCUGUAGAGGAAGUAUCAAUUUGUGAUACAUCUGGGGAUUUGAAAGCUGAUGUUCAACCGACGUUACAUUAUGCUGGUGCGGAGAUCAUGCCUCUAACUUCAGUGAUAGUACAAGAAACUCAAUGGGAUCAAAAGGAAUCGGAAUUUCAAAAAGAACAGCCUAUUUUGCAAGAUGUUAAAUUUGAUAUUUCUUUAAUGCGGGCUUUGGAAGUUACCGAACAGUCAACAGAAACAAAGGAACAAUAUUUAUUGCCAGCUGACAAGCCUGAAACUCAUGAGGCAGGCGUUGAAAUUUCAUCAAAAGAAGCAUUAUCUGUAAUUGAAGUAAAUACUGAUGAUGUUACUCGGAGACUUUCUCUUGAAAUCGUCCCAAAAGAAGAUUUUGCUAAUUUAGAUGUAGCAUUACACCAAUCUAUACUUAUAGAAGAACAGAGUCAAGUGGAGAAGGAGAGCGCAUUAAAAGUUGAAUCGUUACCUUCCUCAAAAACUGCUACACCUUUGUUACCUAUGAAGAAACACCUUCAAAUUUCAGAAGUCACUACUGAAUCCUCCUUUGACAAAUUUGUACCAUCCGAAAUUCCAGAGAAAACCACGGCUGAAAUGUUACUAUCUUCUCAACAAAGUCUUGUUAUUUCCGAAAUAACAUCCGGUACUAAGGAAGAUAUUUUACUUCCUUCUGAUAAGCCAAAGGAACAUAAAAUAAACUUCGAUGUGUCAACAGUAGAAUCCCUCUGUGUUUCCACAACUGAAUAUGAAGUGAAAGAAAACGAGUUGCAGCAAGAAGCUAAACCUAAAGAGUUGAAAGCUGUCGUUGAUAUUGAUUCCAAGGAUAGUAUUCAAGUUUGUGAAGUACAAAGUCACGUGAAAGAAGAAAAUCUCCAGGAGUUCCCUUCUGCGGUCGGUAUCGUUGCGCCAUUUUCAAUACCCACUGAAGAGCAUGUAACUGUUUCAGAAAUUGAAGUUGCUUCGAAGGAAGAUGACUUGCGUUUCGAAGAGAAGCCGAAAACUGCAGUAGCUGGUAUAUCAUUUUCAUCAGAAUCACACGUACUAGUAUCAGAAGUAGAAUCAGAGAUGAAAGAAAGUGAGAUGAAAUCCAUGGACAUGCCUAAAACAAUCAAUGUGGAUUUCACAAUCCUCAAAGACGAGCCUAUUCUUAUAACCCAAGUUGAUUACGACAUAAAAGAAGGAACGCUUGCACCCGACAAAAAACCUGACAGCACUUUCGCUGCCAUUAACUUACCUGCAUCUGAUCAUAUUAUCAUUAGCGAUGUAGUUUCAGACUUAAAAGAAGGUGACUUAAGUAUCCCCAAGAUACCAGAGGCUAUAUCUUUAAAUGUUACAAUACCUACUGAAAAGCACGUGAGUGUGUCGAAAGUUAUAGCUUCGCAGAAAGAAGGAGAGUUAAGUCAAAUAAAAAUCCCUGACACGGUAACUGCGCCAUUUUCUAUACUAAUGGAAGAACAUGUGACAGUAUCUCAAACGGAAUCAUCAUUCAAAGAAGGUGAUUUGAUUGAAAAGGCAAAACCAGAAAGUGUGACGGCAACAUUUUCAGUUCCUACAAAACAGCACGUAGUAGUUAGCGAAAUGUCUUCAGGAGAAUUAGAAGACAAGUUAGUUCUUCAAGAUUUGCCAAAAGAACAAAAAUUAGAUUUCACUAUUCCAACUGAAGAGCACGUAACAGUAAGUGAAGUCUUAGCCCCAGUAUCUGAAGAUACUCUACUCCCCGAUACAAAACCAGGCGAAGCUUCUGCACAACAAACUAUGAUUUGUGGUGAACACAUUUUAAUAACUGAAAUUGAAGCAGCAAGUAAGGAAGCUAAUUUAGAAGAAAUGAAAAAACCAACUACUAAUGUUGCAGGCGUUUCAAUGGAUACAGAAGAACAUGUUAUUAUUUCGUUGGUGCAACCGGAUGUUGGAGAAAAGGAAUACAUCACUGAAAAAGCCCCCGCUCAACAAAAUGUACAAGUAAGCAUUCCCGCUGAAGAAUCAAUAACGGUAUUGGAAGUUGUAUCGAAUGUUUUUGAAGAUAAACUUGCAGAAGAUGUUAAGCCCUUAUCAUUGAAGGCUGAUUUUAGUGUUCUGACGGAAGAACAUGUUCUUAUGUCCACAGUUGAUGCUAAUGUUAAAGAAGCUGUUCUUGAAAAAGACAAAUUACCUGCAACUGCGACAGCUGAGACUUGUUUCCCAUCAGAAUCUCAUGUAAUUAUUACUUCUACUGAAACUGACGAUAAGGAAGGCGAAUUUCUGCCUAUUAAAUCUCCUGGUGAAAUUCAGUUAGGUUUCACGGUAGCAACCCAAGAUCAUCUAGUUGUAGGAGAAACACUUAUUCAGACUUCGGAAAAAGAAUUCGUCAGUAAAGAGUUGCCUGAGGGAAUGAAAGCAAAUUUGUCUAUGCUAAAGGAAGAUCAUGUAAUUAUAUCAGAGACGUUAACUGAUUUCAAAGAGGGCGAAGUAGAGACUUUCAAAAAACCAACAGAAGUGAAUAUUGAUUAUACUUUAGAUACUGAGGAACAUUUAGUCGUCGGAAGGGUAGACGUACAAACAAAAGAAAAAGAACUUAUAGCUGAUAAACAACCAGUUUCUUCCACAGCAAAUUUAAGAAUAAUGGAGCAAGAACAUGUAGAGGUUACCGAAACUCCUGUUCAAAACAAAGAAGGUGAUUUAGUUUUAAAGAAACCUGAAGCAACUGAACUAGCGAAGAUAACGAUUCCUUAUCAAGAGCAUUUAUCAAUAUCAGAUGUUCAAGAAACUUCCCAAUCAGAAGAAUUUCUUGUUGAUUCCCUUCCAUCUGUUAAAAAGGCCGUCAUGGAUAUUCCAUCUCAGGCCCAUGUUGUUGUUUCUCAAAUGGUAGUGAGUCAAAAAGAAGGUGAUUUUAUUCCAUCUCUGUUACCACAAGAAAGUCAAGCUGCUGUCUCAAUUCCUGUUGCUGAACAUGUUAUUGUAUCGAAGGUAGUGACUGGCAACCGUGAAGGUGACCUGCCUGAAGACAAACGCCCCAUUGAAGAAACAGCAGAGUUUAGUUUAGCUAGUAGGAAACAUGUAAUCAUCUCAGAGGUCGAAACUGGAACAGUUGAAGAACAGUUAAAGAUGCCAUCUAAACCGGUAUCGAUCACAGCUGAUUUCAGUGUAGCAACAUUUGAGCACAUGGUUGUAUCCGAAGCAGAAUCGGUUAGUAAAGAAAUCGAAAUGAAAGCAUUUGAGAAACCUAAAGAGUCUCAAGUUGAAAUUACAGUUCCAUCCGAGGAACAUAUUGAAAUUACUGAAGUUGAAAUUUCUACUCGAGAAAAAGAUUUUAUUCCCGAUAAAAUUCCGAGUACUGUUCAGGCUGCGUUCACUGUGCCGACAGAUGAACAUGUUGUUAUUGAGGAAACAUCCUAUCAUCAGAAAGAAGACAUCCUUUCUUCGGAUAUUCGGCCUGAAGAGAUGAGUGCUAAGCUUACUUUGCCCUCUGAAAGUCAUCUUCUUAUUUCCGAAGUUGAAUUAGAAUCUAAAGAGGAAAUUUUUGCUCCCAAAGAAUUACCGAAAAAAGCAGUCGCAGAAUUCACUGUUCCGUCGGAAGAGCAUGUGAUAGUGACAGAAACUGUGCUUCAAACUAGGGAAGGUAAAUUGAGAAAGGAAGAAUCUCCUGUUUCCCUGACAGCUGAUUAUUCUAUUCCAGCUAAGGAACACAUCCAAAUAUCAGAAACUCAAUAUCAAACAAGUGAAGCUGAUUUAAGCAUACCGACAAAACCUAGAGAAGAAGUAGCUGGUGUAACUAUUCCUACUGCAGAUCACUUUGAAGUUUCUGAAAUACAAACUCAGAUGGAAACUGGGGAAAUGAAAACGGAAAAAUUACCAAGUGCUAUAACUGCCGAUUAUUCUAUACCAAUGAAAGAACAUAUCCAAAUAUCAGAAACUCAAUAUCAAACGAGUGAAGCAGAUUUGUGCAUACCGACAAAACCUCGAGAAGAAGUAGCUGGUGUAACUAUUCCUACUGCAGAUCAUUUUGAGGUUUCUGAAAUACAAACUCAUAUGGAAACUGACGAAAUGAAAACAGAAAAAUUACCUAGUGCUAUAACUGCCGAUUAUUCUAUAUCGAUUAAAGAACAUAUCCAAAUAUCAGAAACUCAAUAUCAAACGAGUGAGACUGAUUUAAGCCUGCCUACAAAGCCUCGAGAAGAAGUAGCUGGUAUAACUAUUCCUACUGCAGAUCACUUUGAAAUUUCUGAAGUACAAACUGAAAUUAAAGCUGGGGAAAUAAAGACUGAGAAAGUGCCUAGUGCAGUAACAGCUGAUUAUUCUAUUCCCACUAAAGAACAUAUUCAAAUAUCCGAAAUUCAGUAUGAAACCAGUGAAGCAGAUUUAAGCAUACCUACCCAACCUCGAGAAGAAGUUGCUGGUAUAACUAUUCCUACUGAAGAUCACUUUGAAAUUUCCGAAAUAGAAACUCAAAUUAAAACUGGAGAAAUAAAAACUGAGAAAGUACCCAGUGCAGUAACUGCCAAUGUUUCUGUGCGCACGAUUGAACACGUAAUCGUUAGUGAAAUAGAAAGUAAUGUGCAGGUAGAUGAACUUUCUGCUACAAUGCCAACCCCAGGUAAAGCUAAACAAACUUUAGCUGUAAGAGAACCAAUCAAAAUCGACGAAACGCCAGGGGAAUUUAGUAUAGAACAACAAGUUACUUUACAGAAGAAACCAAAAAAGAAAUCAUCAAUACAUAGUGCAGACUUUGACUUUAUUAACAUUAUUUACGAAGAAGCAGCGGAGUUUAAAAUUUUGAGGCCAGAAGAAGAAACUCCAAUUCCUUCUGAAGAACUUCCUUUCGUAUUAGAAAGCACUGAACCAGUUGAAGAAAAAGUUACUAAUGAAACUCGUAAAACUUCAAAAGAGGAAUUUUCACCAUUUACAGUAACGCUUCCAGAAGAAGAAACUGUCACCGAAGAAACGGAUGCUUCAGUAAUAAAAACUCGUACAGUUAAAGCUGUCCAUAAAAAAACAAAAGAUGGAAAAGUAGUUGAGGUUAAGGAAAUUGUUGAAACAUUUGCAUCUGUCGGAAAAUCCAAACCAACAAUUGAAGACGUCACUGAAACAGAUUUUGAAACUAUUGAACCUCAAAUCGGAAAACAGCCUAUUAUAGAGGAGUUUGAAGAACCAAUCGUAACUUCCUACGAGGAACAAGAGAAACCUGAAGAGAUAAGUGCUGUUGAGGAAGAUUUCCCAAGUGACGAAAAAGAUGAGUCGUCAGUUACUCUUAAAAAGAAACCAAAGAUAAAGAAAGAAACUAGCCCGGUUAUAAAGCAGGAAAGCACGGAAAGUGAAACUGAAGAAGCUACAAUAACAUUAACCAAGAAACCUAUAAUUGAAGAAAUCUUUGAUUUCCCUUCAGCUGAAGAAGAUUCGAAACUUGAGGAAGAACAAAUUAUUUCGAUUCCGAGAAUCGAGAGAAUGGAAGAUAACGUUGAAAUUCUAAUAGAAGGAGCUGAAGAUAUUUUACCUAAACAAGAAGCUAAGGUAAAAAGAGUUGGUCCAGAAGUAUUUAUAUCUGAAAUGCAAGAAACUAAAGCCGAGCAACCAAUACUACAUGAAGAGUCCCCCAUUAAGGAAGAUUCAACAGACACUGCAAAAGUUACUAUCAAGAAAAAGAAAAAACCGGAAAGCACAAUUUCCGUUGACAGUCCUAAGGAAGAAGAAACAACUUCUGACAGCUCCAUAACUUUGAAAAGAAAAAAAGGCGAUAAAACACCAAAAGAACAAGAAGCGGAUGAAUUUGUACUUGCACCUGAAACUCAAACUAUACAUGAAGAUACUACUACUGUUACAGUUGAGAAGAAGCCGGAAAAGACAGAAGAAAUCGAAGUUAAGCACAAAGUGACUAAAAAAAUUAAAAAGAAGCCUUUUGUUAGUGACGAACAACCAGAAACGGUUACUUUAGACAUUCCAAAAGAGGAAGUGACGGAAGUUAAGUCAUUAGAUGUCAUAGCUCCUGAUUUAUCCAAAUCUAUUCGACCAAUUAUCAGUGAUUCUGUUCAGCCGGAAACAUCUGACAUCAAACCUGAUGAAAUCGCACCUGAAGAAAUGGAACACAAAAGCUUAGACAUAAAAUUCAGUUCCAUAACACAUGAUGUUAGCUCCAUUGUCAUGGAGGAUAUUUUGGAUAUUAAACAUGGGGUGAUGGUUAUGGAACAGUUAAAAGAAACAGUUACGCAUGUGCAAACCAGUGUUAUUUCAGAACUUGUCACAGAAGAAGCUACUACCUCAGAAGAUAUACCAAAAGCUCCUGUCGAAAGACCAGAAGUUGUUGAAAAUAUUGAAGAACAGAAACCAGUAGAAGAAAUAAUUGAAAAAGCAGUUAUGAAAAUUAAGAAGAAGCCCAAAACAGAAGAGAAGCCAGAAGAAAUAAUAAUUGAAAGAAAACCUUCCAUCAAGGACGAAAAGCCAGAAGAAAUCACUGAAGAAGUAUCCUUAAAAAUUAUUGAAAAAUCCAUCGAAGAAGUGAAACCGGAAGAAAUAAUUAUUGAAAGAAAGCCCUCGCUGAAAGAAGAGAAAGUGGAAGAUGUCGUAGAUAAGAAAAUUAAAAUAAAAAAGAAACCUAAAGAGGAAGAGAAACCAGAUGAAAUAACAAUACAGAGAAAACCCUCGAUUAAGGAAGAAAAAACAGAAGAGUUGUUAGAAAAAGUCGCUCUAAAAUUAAAUGAGAAACCUGAGGAAGAUACAAAACCAGAAGAAGCUGUAAUUGAAAUCAAACCUUCAAUAAAAGAAGAAACAGAACAAACAACUGAGAAAGCAGUCGUUAAACUAAAAAAGAAGCCUAAAGAGGAAAAAGAAGAGAAACCCACGGAACUCAUUGUUGAGAGAAAACCGUCUUUGAAGGAGGAAAAACCUGAAGAUACCACCGACAGCACUAUAAUAACAUUGAAAAAGAAGCCUCUGGAAGAAGACAAACCUGCAGAAGUAGUUAUUCAGGAAAGAAAACCUUCAUUAAAAGAAGAAAAACCAACCGAAGUAACUGAAAAAACUGUGGUUAAGCUUAAAAAGAAGCCAAAAAUAACUGAAACGCCUGAAGAAAUAACAGUGGAAAGAAAAUUAUCAUUAAAGGAAGAAGUGCAAGAAGAACAGACUGAGAAAGCAAUAGUCAAAAUAAAAAAGAAAACCAAAGAUGAAGAAAAACCUUCAGAAAUCAAAGUCGAAAGAAAGUUUUCAAUCAAGGAAGAGAAAUUAGAAGAAUCAGUUGAAAAAGCUGUAAUAAAAAUUAAGAAAAAACCUUCAGAAGAAGAAAAACCUGCUGAAGUGGUAUUAGAGAGAAAACCAUCCUUAAAAGAGGAAAAACCUGAAGAAACAACAGAAAAAGCUAUCAUAAAAAUUAAGAAGAAACCAAAAGAAGAGGAAAAGCCUUCUGAAGUAACCAUCGAACGGAAAUUAUCUUUAAAAGAAGAAAAGAUCGAAGAAAUAUCUGAAAAAGUCGUCAUUCAGGUUAAGAAAAAACCUAUCGAAGAGGAAACUCCCACUGAAGUGGUAAGAAAACCUUCACUAAAAGAAGAAACACUAGAAGAAAUAUCUGAGAAAGCAGUCAUAAAGAUGAAGAAAAAACCUAAAGAAGAGGAGAAACCCAUUGAAAUGACAUUACAAAGAAAACCAUCGUUAAAGGAAGAAAAGCCGGAAGAAACAUCCGAGAAAGCAGUUAUAAAGAUUAAGAAGAAACCAAAAGAGGAAGAAGCACCUACAGAAAUCAUAGUCGAAAGGAAGCCAUCGUUAAUAGAAGAACAAAAGCCCGAAGAAAUUUCUGAAAAAGCAAUCAUUAAGAUUAAGAAGAAGCCUAAAGACGAAGAAAAACCAACAGAAAUGAUUAUAGAAAGAAAGCCGUCUUUGAAAGAAGAGAAACCAGAAGAAACAUCUGAGAAAGCUGUUAUAAAAAUAAAGAAAAAACCCAAAGAAGAAGAAAAGCCAGUCACUGUAGCAAUAGAAAGAAAACCUUCUUUGAAAGAAGAAGAAAAGCCUGAAGAAGUGUCUGAAAAAGCUGUUUUAAAAAUUAAGAAAAAACCUAAAGAAGAAGAAAAACCUACUGAAAUUACAAUAGAAAGAAAACCGUCUUUAAAAGAAGAAAAGCCUGAAGAAGUGUUUGAAAAAACUGUUUUAAAAAUUAAGAAAAAACCUAAAGAAGAAGAGAAGCCAACUGAAAUUACAAUUGAAAGAAAACCGUCUUUGAAAGAAGAAGAAAAGCCUGAAGAAGUAUCUGAAAAAGCUGUUUUAAAAAUUAAGAAAAAACCCAAAGAAGAAGAAAAGCCCACUGAAAUUACGUUAGAAAGAAAGCCGUCAUUAAAAGAGGAGAUGCCGGAAGAAAUAUCUGAAAAAGCCAGCAUAAAGAUAAAGAAAAAACCUAAAGAGGAAGUAAAAACUGAAGAGGAAAUCAUAAAGAUUACGUUAAAAGAGGAGGCAAAACUUGAAAAAACAGAGGUGAAAGAGGACGUAAAAACUGCUAAAAUAAAGUUAAAGAAAAAAGCUCCAGUUAAAGAAGAAGAGAGCAUUCCGUCCGAAGAAUUCAAAAUUCCUCUGAAACCUGAAGAAGCAGAAACUGAACCGAUUGGAGAGGAAAAGACAGAAUUAUUCUCGUUGACUAUAGCUCCAAAACCUAAAGAAAUAACAUCAAGCGAAGAAUAUGCAGAAGUUCUCAUUCCAUCUCAAGAAACAAUUAAAUACUCAGUCGAAGAACAAACUGUAGAUUUAACGGUGAAAAAAAUAGUUGAAGUAGACAGCGUGAAAGAGUCACCCCUAACAUCUACUAUAACAGAAAAAUCACCAGAAAAGAUGGUCGAAGAAAAAGUAAAAUUAAAACGUAAACCAAAAGUAAAGGAAGAGCCAACAACUGACCAAGAAGCAGAGUAUAAAAUAACUAUGCCUGUAGAUAAACAAAGUGAAGAAAAAAGUGAGGAAGUAGUUGUCGAACAAUUUGUUGUAAAAACUCAUAAAAAAGAGGAAAAAGUUGUCACUGAGGAUCAUGUGGAAGAAGUUUUGAAGGUGGCCCCUGAAAAGCAGGAUUACGUUGUUACUGAGGAAGUAGCUGAAGUAACCGUGAAAAAACCAGUGGUCGAAGAAGAUACCGAAGUAAAAAUUGUUGCUAAAAAGAAAAAGCCGAAAAUUGUCGAAGAAACUACUCCAUCAGUUUUUAAAAUUCCUGUUACUGAAAAACCAGAAAAUCAACAAGAAGAAGUUCCAGUAAAAGAAGUCGAAGAAUCAUUUUCGGUUGAAGUACCGAAAAAAGAGCCUAAAAAAGUGGACGAAACAGUUGAAGAUGUAGUCAAGCUUCCUGCUGCUGAAGAAACAAAAAAAGUUGUAGAAGAAAAGGCUGAAAUUACAGUUAAGAAAGAAGUAAUUGUUGAAAAAUCACCUGAACCUGAAACCACAGUGGUCAAAAAGAAAAAACCCAAGUUGAAGAAAGAAAAAUCUGAAUCUCCAGAAGAAACAUUUGCGAUUCCACUGAAACCCGAAGAAGAAGAAAAACCAGAGGAAGUUCCUGUAGAAGAAAAGUUCACCGUUGGUCUGAAAAAACCGAAGCAAGUUGUUGAAAUAGUUGAAGAAGAAUCAGUUAAACUUACAAUUGAAAAUAAAGAAGUGAGAGAGUACAAGAAGGAAGAAGUGGUAGCGGAUUUAACUGUUAAAAAAGAAGAAAUAAUCGAAAUGCCCGUUGAAGAAGUAGCAGUCACAAAACGAUUGAAGAAAAAACCUGUACCUAAAGUAAGUGAUGAACCAGUUGAGGAGACUUUUGCCAUUCCUUUGAAAAAAGAACCCGAAAAAGUUGAGGCUGUUCAACCAGUUGAAGAACAAUUUUCUGUGAAAUUGCCUGAAAAAGAAAAAGAGCCAGAAAUAAAAUUUGAGGAGGAGUCAUUUAAACUUGUCUUGGAAAAAGAAAAACCUAAACCAGUUGAAGAAGUUGCUGCAGAUGAGGCAACUGUUGUUAUAAAACCCAAAGAGGAGCCGAAAAGUCCAGAAGAAAAAGCAACAUUAAAAUUAAAACCUAAAAAACGAGACUUAAAAGAAGAAAAAUCAGAGGAGGUUCAAGAAACAUUUAAAGUUCCAUUGAAAAAGGAAACAGUAGAGGAAGAAGAUAAACCGGUUGAAGAAACAUUUGCAGUUUCGUUACCAAAAUCCAAAAAACACGUUGUAGAAGAAGAAGCCAAUUUGGUCGUUCAACCUGAAGUAAAACCACAAGAGUAUAAAAUAUCAGAAGAAACUACCGAGGUUACUGUUAAGAAAGUUGUGGAAGAGAAAGAAGAAAGAGUUCGCAUCAAGAAAUCAAAAGAUAUUAAGAAGAAAGAAGACACGGUCCAGGAAGAAUUUAAAAUUAUUCAGAAACCCGUUGAAACAGAACCUGAAGAGCCUGAACCUGCUUCCUUUAAAAUAGAUUUACCUAAAAAACCAUCACCUAAAGUCAAAGACGUGCCUGAGGAAGAAGAUUCAUUACAGUUGAAACUUCAAGAAGAAAAACCAAAACCUAAAGUAGAAGAAGAAUUUGCUGAAGUUACUGUCCGUAAAAAAGUUGAUGAGGAACCAGAAAAAAGUACUCCCCAAGAAGAGCAACGAGUUUCCAUAAAGAAACCAAAGAAAAAAACUGAAGUUGCCAAUGUUCCAGUAGAUGAAUCGUUUACAGUGCGCAGAAAAGAAUCUAUUAGUGAAACUAAGACUGACAAAACUGAAGAUGUAGAAGAAACUUUUGCCAUUAAAACAAUACCUAAAAAGAAAAAGAAAUCUAUACCGUCAGACGAAGAGUCACUGAGUAUUUCUCUACCGUCAGAUAAACCAAAGCCCAAGAUUGAAGAAGAGUUUGCUGAAGUCACUGUGAAGAAGAAAGCAGAGGAAGUACCUGAAAAAGUAACUACACAGGAGGAACAACGAGUAUCCAUUAAGAAACCAAAGAAGAAAACAGAAGUCGAAAGCGUAACUACUGAUGAGUCUUUUACAGUGCGUCGAAAAGAAUCUGUGGCUGAAACUGUGACUGAACAAUUUGAAGAUGUCGAAGAAACAUUUGCUAUUAAGACAACACCUAAGAAGAAGAAGAAAUCCAUACCGUCAGAUGAAGAAUCACUGAGUAUCUCUUUGCCAUCUGACAAACCUAAACCCAAGAUUGAAGAAGAGUUUGCUGAGGUCACUGUACAGAAGAAACCGGAUGAAGAACAAAGGGUAUCGAUCAAAAAACCUAAAAAGAAAACGGAAAUCGAAAGUGUAUCUGUUGAUGAAUCCUUUACAGUGCACCGAAAAGAAUCUGUGGCUGAAACUGUGACCGAACAAUUUGAAGAUGUCGAAGAAACUUUUGCUAUUAAGACAGCACCAAAGAAGAAGAAGAAAUCCAUACCGUCAGAUGAAGAAUCACUGAGUAUCUCUUUGCCAUCUGACAAACCCAAACCAAAGAUUGAAGAAGAGUUUGCUGAAGUCACUGUGCAGAAGAAACCAGAUGAAGAACAAAGGGUAUCGAUCAAGAAACCUAAAAAGAAAACAGAAGUCGAAAGUGUAUCUGUUGAUGAAUCCUUUACAGUGCGCCGAAAAGAAUCUGUAAGUGAAACUAAGACUGAAACAUUCGAGGAUGUGGAAGAAACUUUCGCAAUUAAAACGGCUCCUAAAAAGAAAAAAACUACUUUGCCCUCUGAUGAAGAAGAAUCAAUUAGUAUUUCUCUAUCAUCUGAGAAACCUGAUUACAAAGUGGAAGAAGCUUCGGAAGAAGCAAAGAUCACGAUGACAAAACAUAAAGAAGAAAUCGAAGAAAUUGAUGAAACACUUGUAACUAUUGAGUACGUAGCCAUCACCUCUUUCAUAUCAGAUAAGCCAGAUACGCUUCCUUUGGUUGAAGGUGAGCGUGUAGUCGUAAUUGAGAAAACUAAGCAAGACUGGUGGUUUGUGAGGAAGACUGUCACCAACGAAAGGGGAUUCGUGCCAUCUGAUGUUCUCCAAGAUUCAGCCACUUAUACACACUACUUGAAAGAUACGCUUAGCAAGAAGAUAGAGAAACUUCCUGUACUACGCAAACCUAAGCCUGGUGAAAAAGCCACUGCACCGAAGUUCGUACAAAAAUUGAAACCACUGACAGUUGUGGAUGGCGAUAUCGCCGAAUUAACAUGUCAAGUUUCUGGUUCUCCCCGACCCACCAUCACUUGGUUCAAGCAAACACAGAUCAUCAAACCAUCUGUGGAAUUUCAAAUAUUUUAUGAUGAUGAUUACGUAACCACCCUCAUCAUCCGUGAAAUAUUUCCGGAGGAUGCCGGGACAUACACAGUUGUGGCUAAGAACUCGGCUGGUGUUGCGACAACUACAGCUGAAUUGGUCGUUGAAGCUCCAUUAUCUGAGCAUGGUACUGAUCUUUAUCCAUCGUCCAGAGCCAGUUUAUCUCGGCAGUCCUCUCUCACAGAUAUACUGGAAGGUCUAUUCCCAGUGUUUUCCGAGAAGCCUAAAGACAAGACAGUCGAUGAAGGAAAGCCGGUUGAGCUUGUCUGCAAAGUAUCUGGAAUUCCUGAACCGACGAUCACGUGGUUGAGGAAUCAAAAUCCAUUGAAGGAAUCUGAUAGAAUCGAGAUCAAAACUGUUUCGGAAGAUCUGGAGAUUACGACGCAAACUGUUGUAAUCAAGUCUGCCAAACCUGAGGAUGCCGGAACUUAUGAGAUAAUCGCAGAGAAUAGAGAAGGGAAGUCAGUCAUAUCUCUCAUUCUCAAUGUGACUGAAAAACCCAAGAAACCAAAAGAUGAGCCUCCAGUUUUCAUUCAGACUUACAGUGAUACAACAUGUACAGAAAAGGAUACAGUCACUCUUACUGUGAAAGUACAGGGUACUCCUCCACCAGAGGUCACUUGGUACAAGAACGGCAAAGAGAUAAAACCAUCAAAAUCUCUAAAACCAACUUCGACCGACAAUGUUCACACCCUUGUUAUAUCAGAUUCAAAGAAGGAUGAUACAGGAGAAUAUAAAUGUGUGGCUAAAAAUCCAAAGGGAAAAGUGGAACACACUUCUAAAGUCACUGUUCAAAAGAAGGGAGUAGAUUUUGUCGAUAAAUUGUAUGACUCUGAAGUGAAAGAAAGGGAAACUGCAAUCUUUUCUGUGGAAUUAACACAUCCUGAUGCUGAGGUAACUUGGCACAAAGAUGGAGAACAGAUAAAGCCGAGUGACCGAGUGAAAUUUGUGGAAGAUGAUUGCGUACGGAAAUUGGUUAUAGAAAACGCUGGUGUGAAUGACGAGGGCGAAUAUACCUGCGUCUUGGGAGAGAAGGAAUGCACCGCUGAAUUAGUUGUCAUUGAAAUGCCUGCUGAUUUCAAAGGUGAUAUGAAAGAUGUUACAGUCGCCACAGAACAAAACGCAUCUUUUGAUGUGGAACUCACAAAAGGUGAUGCAAGGGCUAGAUGGUUUAAAGAUGGGGAGGAAAUCGAUUUUAGCGAUCAUGUUAUGCUCAAAAUAGAUGGGAAACGGCAAAAACUCAUUAUCUACAAUGCAACUUUCGAAGAUGUUGGUACAUACACAUGUGUUGUAGGUAACAAGAAAAAAUCGGCCAAACUAAAAGUGGAAGCUCCAACUGUAGAAUUCACUGCGAAGUUGCCGGAAAAAAUGACUGUCCCCCAGGACACAGAUGUCACAUUCACUGUUGAACUUUCGAGAAAAGAUGUGCCCGUGCAGUGGCUCAAAAACGGAAAACCAAUUCCGGAGAAAGAAAAAGAUAAAUUCAAGUUCAUAAAGGAUCGCAAUGUUUAUAAACUUGUUGUUCAAAGUGCUCAGAAAGAUGAUCAGGCUGAAUACUGCUGUGUUGCCGGAAAUGUUAAAAGCGUAACGAAAUUGCAAGUACAAGAAGCUCAUGCAGAGUUCACUCUAAAACUGCGUGAUGUGAUUGUCCGGGAAAGUGAUACAGCGACUCUUCUUGUUGAAGUGACCAGAGAAACAUUCGAAGUCCGGUGGAUGAAGGAUGGUCAGACAUUGAAACCCACUGAUAGGUUCGUAAUGGAGAGAGAAGGGUGCAGGCGACGACUUAUCAUUAAAGACACCAGCUUAGAUGAUAGAGGCAUGUAUACUUGUGUUCUAGAAGAAAAAGCUUGUUCAUCUACUCUUACGGUUGAAGCCACACCCCGUGUUGUGUCAGAUAAGAGACAUUUCAAGAGCAAGAGGGGUGGCAACGUUGUUGUGGAUGUUGAGUUCGUUUCUCUUCCGUCACCCAAGAUUGAGUGGUUUUACAAGGGCAAAACAAUCAGUCCGGACAAGAAACGCACAAUUGAAAACUACGGCAAUAAGACUGUCUUGACCAUUAAAAAAGUAGAUGACGCCGAUGUCUCAGACUACACUCUCAAGUUGACAAACAAAUGUGGUGAAUCUAAAACUGACUUCACAGUUUCAAUUAUAGAUAAACCGAAAGCUCCUGGCAUGCCAAACGCGUCUGAGAUUGGUGAUGAUUCUCUGACAUUGAGCUGGAAAGUUCCUGAGGACGACGGUGGCUCUCCAAUUGUCAAUUACAUCAUAGAAUACCAUGACAGAAACACAUUACGCUGGUCAACAUACAAUGAAAAGUUUACCAUUGAUAAACCAUUUACAAAAAUUGAAAAAUUGAAACCGGAAGAAGAAUACAUGUUUAGAGUAAUAGCAGUAAAUGAAGUUGGAAAAAGUGAUCCGUCACCAGGAACUAAAUACGUCCGUGUACAAUCGCCUAAAGCUGGUGAGCCACCUGCUGUUGUAGAACAUUUGAAACCUGUCACUUGUGGUUUAAGAAAACCUGCUAAGAUGAGUUGCAGGAUUACUGGUCUACCCCCUCCAACAAUAAAAUGGUUUAAAAAUGGUAAAGAAUUAUUAAUUGUCAAAAAUAUUAAAACUACCUACGAGAACCAAAUAGCAACAAUGGAAAUUGCGGAUUCUACAGAAAAAUCUGCUGGUAAAUACACCUGCAAGGCCACUAACCAUUUGGGAACAUGUGAAACAAGCAGUGAGCUUAAAAUUCAAGAAUCACCGCUGGCGAUAUUCGAUGAAAAAAUGAAGAAUGUCCGUUUAAAAUCAUUCAAUGAAUACGUUCUUGAUGUGAAGGUUACCGGCUAUCCUCUUCCCGAAAUUGUAUGGCUGAAGAAUGGAAAAGUUCUCGAAUCUUCGAAGCACACCUUGGUGCAGAUACGUGAUGAUUCCACCACCAUCACCAUUCGAAGCACGGAGAAUACGGACAGCGGUGUAUAUACUUUGCAACUCACCAAUCCUGCUGAUACUGUGAAAUAUGAUUUCAGAUUAUAUGUUCUAGACAAACCACUUCCACCUGAGGGCCCAAUUGCAUUCCAUAAAAUAGAAAAGAAUUCAGUUACAAUAGGAUGGAAGCCUCCAAGCGUAGGCGCAUCGGAGGUUGUUUCUUAUAUCGUUGAAAAAUGCGAAACAAGAAGAAAAAUUUGGAUGGAGGUAACCACAGUCACUUCAGAUGUUCUCACUCAAGAAAUUCAAGAUUUAAGCGAGGGCAUCGAAUAUGCAUUCCGAGUCAUAGCUACCAAUGAGUACGGUCGCAGUGAACCACUGACAUCUGAUCCAGUCACACCCAGAAGUUUGUUCGACAAACCUCAUGCACCGAAGGGACCAUUUACGACUUCCAACAUGACGGACACUUCCUUUACCCUAAGCUGGUUAGCGCCAGAUAACGAUGGCGGAUCACCCAUCAUCGAGUACAUCGUCGAAAGAAAAGAGGCCACUCGUAAAGCUUGGCAACGGGUUGCAACAACAGACGGGAAAUCUCUAUCCAUGGAAGUAACUGGUUUGAAAAAGGAUACAGCAUAUCAUUUUAGAGUGUGCUGUAGAAAUGAGAUUGGACAAAGUCCGUAUUUCUCACCGGAAGAAACAAUCACGCCUGGCCUUAAGAUUUCACCGCCUUCAUCGCCAGUUGGUCCUUUGGUAGUUUCAAAUAUGACCAAUAAGACACUCACUCUUAGCUGGAAACCACCUGCAACCACUGGUGGUGCUGAGUUGACAGCUUACAUAGUGGAAAAGAGGGAAUCAACAAAGAAAGCAUGGAACAGGCUUGAGACCCUAGCUCCACACAUUAGAAGUUAUACUGUACACAAUUUAACCCAUACAAAAGAAUAUUUCUUCAGGGUAUUUGCUGAAAAUCCAGCAGGAUUAAGUCCUCCUCUGGAAACAGAAAGUCCAAUUAAACUAACAUCCACUACAGAACGACCAUCUCCUCCAACUGCUCCGCUAGAAAAAGUGGUUACUGGUCCAUCCUCUAUCAUGUUGGCCUGGGGACGACCGGAAACUGAUGGCGGUUCACCCAUACUGGGAUAUACAGUUGCUUUGAGAAAUGUUCGAAGAAUAAUGUGGAUGGAGGUUGGACAAGUAGACGGAGAGACGCAAAAGAUACAAAUAAAAGAUUUACAAGAAGGUGCCGAAUAUAUGGUUCGAAUAAUGGCAAGGAAUGAAGUUGGUAUCAGUGAUCCACUUGAACCAGAAGAAUCGGUGAAAGUUAUUCGACCUGAAGGAUUCAAAGAGUCUGACAAACCGGACGUAGAUGAGAAGACCAUCUCAGUGAGUUAUAGCACAGAGACCUCCUCAUCUUGGAUGCGCGAGGCCAACGUGGAGCCCCUGCUACGCAGUUACACCAAACACAUACUCGCAGGAAGAAAUGAGUAUUUCUUCCGAAUAUGGCACCUAGCAGAGACUCUUUCGAAAUAGACUCAAAAUGUUUUUCUACUCACAUUGUGAUACAUUGAUGAAUAAAAAUCUGGGAAAUAACUAAUCAUUUUUUUUUUUUAAAUCGCUGCGGUACUUUUAAUAUGGCUAAAAGCAUGCUAUAUGAGAACGUGUUUUGUAAAAAAAAAUGGCACCAGUACUUUCCCUGACGGGUGGGCAUGUUUUAAAACUAAAUUUAAUUAAGUUAAUGCGAACUUAAUAUUUUAACUAAGCAAAACCUAUCUUUAACAGAUAUUCGAUACAAGUCCAUGGACAAAACUUGCUCUUCCGGUGCCAUAACAGAAUUUAAUUUUUUGGCAGCAUGUCUUUAUUCUAUUCGAACAUAAAUAAACAAGUUCUUCUCAGGGCUAGAAAUAAGUCUAUUUUUUUACAUUAUUAAAAUGUAUUAAGGAAAAUUACUAUUUGAAUAGUAUUUAUGCAACUUAAAGCCGUUUUCUCCCAGAUUUUGGUUCAUUAAUUAUUUUUUUAUAUAUUUAGGCAGCUCUGGUAGCGCCUAACCCUGUACAAAAUGUGUAAAAUAUUUUUACUGAGCCUUUUUGUGCUCACUCUAUUUUUAUCAAGACUUUUGCCAGUAUUAAAUGGUUACUCGGAAAUGUACCAUUUACGAUAUAGAGAAAAGAUACGUCUUCUGUGUACACACUUGUACUUAACGAUAUUUGUUUUCGUUCUAUGUUCCUAUACAUCAGUAUGGAAUAUUUCCAACUGAUAGAGAAACUAAUAUAUUCAGUGUUUUGUUGAUUUGUUGUUAGAAUCCCUCCAUCCCUGUGAUAUGUGGUUGUGAUGUAUUUUCUGUCAAAUAAAAUUAGUCUAUCCUGUUUA